CGAUAAACGGAAGCAUUCCACCAACCCAGCUUCGAUCGCUCGCUGUUGCCUGGAGAAAUACACUUUGAAACUGAACAAAAUCAAAUCAGUAACUGUUGUGAUGAGCCCAUGGUGGCAACAUAAAUGGCUGGUAGAAUUCAUAUCCGAUGAAAGCGGAAUUUAGAAUGGUAUAAACUACAAUGACUACCGUUUGACAAUAAGAAGGGUAAGUGCGAUAUCAUCUUAGGUAUUUUGAGAACGGAGGAACCUUGAGGGAUUUGUGAAGUCUCGAAAUUUAAACGGCAUAGAUACUACUUUAACAUGUACGGUGUAGGAGCCGGUUUCUCGAAAGUCCCGGUAACUUUUCGGGCCCGAAAUCAAAUUUUCAAAUCGAUAUAUAAAGAAUAGAAGCUCGGGUCCUGGCUCGCAAACUACUGCAUUUUGUUUCAUUAACUUGAUAGUUUUAUCAGGUUAGAUGCCAAACUAUUGAAACCUCGAUCUUGCAUGUAAACAGCAACAGCUUUUCGGCCCCGUUGAUAGUCAUAUUAACCGACGAUACUUUGCAUUUCCUGUCGUUCGCAAGGUUUCGCUUAACUGGGCACAAGUACUCUCCAAACAAAUGUUGGAAUUAUGAGUUUCUGUUAAACAAGAGAAUUUAUGAAAUGUCAAGGAUUUGAGAAUUCGUGACGGGCUUUCUUGUCCUCACUUUUCGGGACAUAUAUUUUAUAAAUAAUCGCCAAGGUUUCGGCUUGGCGAAAAUUUUGUUAGACAGCCGACUUCUGAACAUAACCCAUUGCACAGCACGAAAUAGAUUUUAAAAAAUUAGCGUGAACUCAGUUUCAACUAGGGAGGAGAAUCGACUGUUUCAACAAAUGGCUAGCAGCGGGUUAUAAUUCGGUAUGUGAAGUGCUAAAUGGCAGAUCGGAAUGUGAUGAAGGUCUAAUGUGCUAAGGGAAUUGCAACCCGAUUUGAGGCGACCUUGGCUCAUUAACAUUCCUAAGAGAGUAACGAGUACAUAACCCGUAGAAGAAAAGGUUGCCAACAUUACCCAAAAUACACUGUAAGCGGCUGAGAAGGGUUAAACAGGCAUUUGGUACACAGUGUGCACAAGUGAAGUUUUACAAUAAAUCUACUGUAUUGCUAUAAGAACCUCCUUCACCUAAAUCGUUGUAACAAACAACUUCGCAUACAUUGUGUUCUUUAAUCUAGUAGAUAAAAUUUUACCACAUUUAAUAUGAAUUAUCAUUUAUUGUGGGAUAUAGAUAGGCUUCGCUCGGUCGAUACAGUUUGUGUCAAUGCAAGAGCUCAAGGGUUGUCACGCAACGCCUUCUGUGACAGCUUAGCGGAAAGGAAUGUGAAAACAUCAGAAUACAACAAUCUCUUUUAAUCACAAACUGAAACACAACAAAAGUUAGCGAAAAACGACAAAUUUUGAAGUACUGUUACUUAGCCCUAGCCUUAAAGUGAUCGGAAACUAGGACAGUGCGGUAUGUUCAAAAAAGUGAGAAUUACAUAGCCUGCGAAAACAUCCGUUUCUCCUCGCUCUUCGCCGCUGGGGACGUUUCGCGCGGAGGAACGUCUGCGAAAAGGAUGUUUUCGCAGGCUAAGAAUUACAAAGAUAGAGUGUUAAAAUUUAUAACUAUAACAGCAUUACAUGUGACUAGACGUUUUCAACGAAGAAUAAUUUUUUUAAUCGGCGAACGGUUCCUUAUUUUGGGAGCAUAGGCUGUUUUUCACCAAGACUGAAUAAUCUGCACUGACGAUAAAUUCGUGAAUUCAAGAGAAAUGAUUCAGUGAUAUAUCCAGUUAAGUGUCGUCUGCAAACCAAUGAAAUUAACUUCGUGUUUGCGUAAAAUGUCCCCAAGUGGUGCUGUAUAUAAUAGGUGGCUCAAUUUUACUUGUUCCCCCCCCCCCCCGGGCAACCCCCGGGACAAGUCUUGCCCUUCGGGCCCGGGAGUGGGAAAAUGUUUGAAGUGGUCCUGACCCGGGGGUAGGGGGCUGGGGCAAAUAAAAAAAUAUCUUCUCUUUGAUUUUGCGAAGUACGUGUUAUUUCUCGUGUGGUUUACACGCUGGUUGCGGACUUCAAGACUACGUAUUUUUAGUUAGGAAGGACAGAAAUAUUUCUUCAGCUUAGCUUUAGAUAAUGAUAAAUUUCUGUAUGAAAACGAAUACAAGGCUUUUGAUAUAUAUUUAACAAAUAGAUUCCAUGUUGCCGUGCGUCUGUUCAGUAAUAGAUCACAGAUGACGUCAAAAUGUCGUAAAAACAAAGAAGUGGCACACGUUGUUUUUACCACAUUUUGACGUCCUCUGUGAUCUAUUACUGAACAGACCCACGGCAACAUGGAAUCUAUUUGUUUUAUACAAUGAUCAGAAAAGAAAAAGACCGAUACACAUACCUGCCUCGAACCGCUUGACCUUUUGAGGAUUUGUGCUAGUUUAGGCAUUUUUUAAGUCCCAAACCCAACUUUUCAUCUUAGCUUCUUCUUUAUCUUGCUUGUGUACAGUUUCUUCGAAAAGUUUUUCACCGUCUUUUCUUGCUCAAAGAAGAAUAAUAGCGAAAACAUUUUGCAAAACAGCGAGUCUCUCGUAGCGAAGACACACGGUGGCAAACUGUUGUGAAGAUUUCUUGUAGUUUAGGCAUUGUCAAGUAGUCAAUAGCUUUUUUGGUCUCCGUUUCUCCAUUUUUCUUCUUUGUAAAUAGCUCCUGCUAAACUUUUUCCGAAGCUUUCACUUGCCUCAAUCCGAAAUAAUCUCACAAACAUUUUCAAAACCGCGUGCCAUGUUGAACAAAACAAAGAAAACAAGUUUCCCGUGACGUCAUCCAUGUAUCUGUACUCUAAUAGAUCAUGGGCAACGACUAAUCACAGCGCGCGUAGCAUUCACAUCAUUGUAUAAAGGGAAACGGAGAUUCGGUCCAGUGUUCACAUAAAGUGUUCUAUCAAGGAGGCGCUUUUUAAAGAGUUUUUCUUCUUCGAGUUCGUUUUCGAGUUUAUUGUUCACGUUUUAACUACAUUAUGACAUCCAUUAUCCUUCUCUCAAUAAACUCAGGAAAACGUUCAUAAAAAAUCUGAAAACGUGUCGUUUUGCUUUUGCAAGGAUAAAAAAGAUGUAGCAAAAAACGUAUAUGAGGUCGAUCAGGAGCUCGGGGGUGGGGAAUCGUCUCUUUCUGUGUGUCCGGGGGUGGGGAAUAGACCUCCAAUAAAGAAAAAAAAUGCAACUCCCCGAGGGGGGCAUGGUUACAAGUACAAUUGAACCAUGCAUUAGACGCAUAGUAACUGACCAAGAACAUACACCCGAAAUGGACAUGAAGAAUUAGACUCACUGAUACUAACUGUUUACAAUUGGUGAGAUGAGACGAAAACCAUGCUAAUACAAACUUCAUUUUAAGAUUAGCACAAUGGCAUAAAAAUAAAAAUGUAUAGUUAUUAAAAUUAAGGUUAACUAUUGCAGAAAUUGCAGAUCCGCCUUACACCACCACCUUUGAUUAUUGAGUAUUUUUCCUUAUCCAACGCUAGAAAGCAUUCAAUCUAUUAAAGGGACACAGUCAGCUGAUGCACAUGCGCAUUAGAUACCAUUUCUUAGCUGAUUUGCAUGUCGAAAGACGCGCGUGAAACAAUACCGUAUCCGGAAUACCGACUCUAAACAAACCUUGUAGAGUUGAACUAGUUACAAGCCGAAGUGUUGAUUAAAGUCCCUAAGCCAUAUUAGAGUACUCGUUUUUUAAUAUACCAUUGAGAGGUGUGAAUCAUUGUCAAAGUUUCACGGUCGAGAAAGUUUGAUUUUGCAAAUAUAUGUAACCUUUUCCAUCGAUUUUCCAAAUAUAUAUAACGAUUAUUUGCUCGCCAAUGUUACUGAUUCGUUUCUCUUGUUAUAGUGGUAAACGAACCAAGGCGAUUUAUCCCGCCCGUCACCUACGCGUUUCUUACCUCUUCUGUUCAUGUUCCUUUGAAUACUGUUUUCAACCAAAUAUGAAAAAACAGUGUAAUAGGAUGAGAAAAAGUUUGCUCAAAAAGAGAUUUUCAGUAAGAGAUCGAAAAUCGAAUGAAACGCAAGGCAGGAUUGAAGCGGAUGUGUCCCACGCGUAGAUUUGAUUUCGGGUUGAGGUAAACGCUUCUCAAACUGGCAAAACCAGUGUCCUGGUCAGCGCGGUUCCGUAGGUGACAUCAGCUUGACCUAGAAAAAAGGUCCUAAGUGUCAUGUAAGUAUGUCACAGGAUAUGUUUCCGACAAUUAACAAUGUAAAAGCGUGGCAGGAUUGUUAUUGUCCUUCUUAGAUACCUUGGUAAUAGGUUGUUCCUUUCGUUGAAUAGCACAGCUCUUCUUCUCCAUCUUGCGCCUGUCAGAAGCUUUGCAAAAAUACCUGGCAGUCCUGCAAUAUGUUAAGAGGGGUAUAAAAGCGUUCUUGAAUAGUUGCAAUUUUGGCAUUGGUAUAAUAUUCUCUUGAGGACUUGUCCUUUUUAGUAAAUGGCUUUUGAAUUCAUAUAUAUAUAUGCCAAACAGCUUUUUAGUUUUGGAUUGCUCUAUUUUAACUCCACCUAGACGCACGUUCAUUUCCUCUUUGCCAUUCUUUUUACCGAGGACCAUCGACUGAUAUUUGUUAAAUAAUGUUUCUUACAGUAUGUUUUCUUCCUAAAGAUAUAGAUUUUUUUAAAACACAAGAUGUGUUAAAGGGGUACCCUUUUAGUCAAAAAUGGUCUGGAACAAUGUAACGAGCUCCUUUUAUGGUCUCUUUUAUUGUUUAAGGUAAACUGCCUCUAUUAUUCGCGAAACAAAGGUAACGAUUAGCGAUGCGUUGCCAGAUCAUCGACCGCGAACUUCAAAUCUACGUACGCCACCUUAGCGUAACAAAUACCGACUUAGGGGAGUAGGGUUUUGAAGAAAAUAUACCGUAGAAAUGAUCUAACAGGAGAGGGAUCAGGCUAUUUUUAUGAAGGCUGCUCCCGAAAUCUUAGCACUUCAAAUGAGCAAACAAGUUUUCAGGCCCGAAUAGCCGACAAAGCGAAAACCAAAACAGAACGUGCUAGAUUUCCAUACGACAAGCUGAGCCGACAAAGCGAAAAUCACAUCAAAACGUGCUAGAUUUCCAUACGACAAGCUGAAGAAAGAAACAGUGAAAAAGUUGAAUACAGAAGUGAAAUGUUAACAUCACUAUCAAAUAAAGCCGUAUUAGACUAGGCCGACGAAAAAAAUGCACAUUAACUUCGCGGGGCCACUUAACAACCUGCAGGUUAAAAAUCACGACCUCGCAAUGUAUGUAGUUUCUAGCUGGACUGCGACGAUGAACAAAACUGAGUCAACUCAGGGCCUGUUUACAUGGAGGUGGGGAACCCCAGGUAGGUGAGGUAACCUGCUUAUGUGGGGUAAAAAAAUAACCCUCCUUUAUAUGCAAUCUUACAACCCCGCCAUCCCGGGGAGCACUUUCUCAAGAUUAUUGAAUGGUCGCUAAGCACGUAAACACGAAAAAUGCUGGCAAAACACGUGUUUUGGCGAUUAAUGCACUUCUACACUCCCUUGUUGCUCUUGCUGCACCCUUCAGUACAAUGGCUUUCUAUGGUUAACUUUAAUAAUGAUGCAAAGCCACCGCCAAAGUGAAAUUUGCGCGAAUUUGAUGUAUCACGAAUCCGACCCCGGCCAGGCGGGUUACCCCACCUUGAAACGUUUACAUGGCAAAAUUUGACCCCGGCUGAGAGGGUAACCCGGUCUGGUAGACCGGGCUACCCGCCUUGGCGGGUCACCCCACCUAUCAUGUAAACGUGAUCAAAUUAAAAUGAGAGAUUAUAUGGACAGGCGGGUUACCCCACCUAAGCGAGUUACCUCACCUACCUGGGGUCCCUCACCUCCAUGUAAACAGGCCCUCAGCCAGCUAUUUUCCCUAAAGUGCUUUUAAAGUUAGCGCCUUUUCACGUUAUUGUCUUAACGCUUUGUCUUCAAACCGCGAGUCCCGCUCAGCUUUUAAGCCAAGUAACAACACGCGAAACAUUUCCACAGAUUAGUGUUUUGUAUGACCUCGAAACUACUUUUAUCACAGAAUAAAGUAUUCUACAAAAUUAGAAUCAAACGAGUAAAAGCCCGUAUUUUUUACUUGAGUAAAGCCGUUCGAAAUCUGCGCCUUGUCAAGCCGGCUUUUUCUUAAUACGAAAAAGGUGGAACAAUCCUUUGGUUACCGACACGUGCCAUAGACUGAAGUGAUUUUUGACUUUAUUCCGUGUGCCUUCUUAUUAUGUCAAGAAAAAAGCCAUCAAUUGUUUUUAAAGAGUCAUCAGCAAAUAACCAAGUUUAGGCAAUCCAUUCUCCACAGUGAUCUUGGGGCACGCGAGAAAAACAUAGUGAUAUCAGUCAGUUACGUUUGGAAACAAUGAAGUCACUCAAACAAGGAAAAGUGCGAUAACGCCAACCUUUUGAGAUACCAAUUCCGAGUCUAAAAUUAGAAUACUAAACUUUUAAACGUUCCACAAGUUAUUCUGAGAAUAAAAUGCUAGCGCACCAGAAUAUCGUCUUGCAAAUAUGUACGCGAGCUAAAAAUUUCGGCUUGUACGUUAUGGUUUGUGGACUUUUACGGUAAACGAGGAACAAAGCAGACAAAGCCUAGUAGAACAAGGCCAUGAGAUGACUUUCAGUCAGUAUAAACGCUUCUGUCGACAUCUGACGGUAAAUUACUGGACAGAUUUCUGCGCAAACAAAAUUUGAAGUUUCCAGUUACAAUAACCGAAGUUGUGCUUUUACGCGGGCGCGUCAUGAAUGGAUGACCUUAAUUCACUGCGUGAUCUCUGGUCAAACAGCCGUGUUUGAUCGUUUUGCCAUUCCCCUUCUCUCUCCUCCGCAGAGGCCUCUGUGUAUUUUUUCGAUUAAUUGUUGCUAUUUUUAUAGGGAUACCCAGCGGGAGCCUCGGCGGAGGAGAGAGGUCCCGCUUAAAACUUUUGCCCCACUAGACCACUACUAAGUUAAAAAAAAUAUCACACCGAAAAUUUACCUAUCAUACCUGAUUAAAGGUCGAACGCCGCUUAUCGAAACGCAAAAGAAUGUGAGAAACAAAAGCGCUAUUUUCUUCAAAAACGCAACCUAAACUAUAGGCAAAAUUUGAUACGGUUAGUUUAAGCUCACGGGGUAGCGAGAUUGACUAAUUGGCGUGGGUGGGUGGUUUGGUCGUGCGUGAUAAAAGGUCAUGUGUUGUAGAUAGUGGCUCUUCGAAAAGACUCUGGCUCGUAGAAUUUAAAGGCACCUUCCUUACACGACCCUUCACAUUCAUGAAAAAAAGUCUCUCCGAUAGAGGUGUGAAAACGUUCGUGCCCUCAGUUUUCCGGGCUUUGUGUAAGUUAUUCUCCGAUGAUAUGAAAUAAUCUCGUUCAAGUCAUGAACAUAUGCUUUUUUGGUUUGUUUUUUGAUAGCUUUACACCCAACACGCGCACCCGGUUUUCACCUUACAAUUUUUAUAUUUUCACUACCUCUGCUAGCAAAUUUUCUCGGGUACUAAGAGCUGUGAUAAAAAAAUACAGGCCGCACCGAGUAACAAAUCAUGAAACUUUGUUAAUAUGUUAAUCUCAGUAGCAGGACUGUCUCUGCCUCGUCCCCAGGCCAGUCGCUCGCGAUCUCUUUAUGGGGGAUAUUUGAGUUAAUUAUUAAGGAAAGUUGGGACUACAAGAGUGAUGGGAAGAGAAGAACAAGCGAACCCCCUUCCCUCUCUUCUUUUCCUUCCCAUCACUCACCGCUCGCGGUCAACGCUCGCUCCCAUCAUCUCGCGCUUCUCGCUUGUCUCCAGCUCUCGCGUGUUCUCCAAUCCCUACUUAGUCAUGGGAAAGCCUUUGGAGGAGUCAGGGACUAGCCCGUACAACACUGGUGCUACUCCAUUUCCGCUUGUCGGCAACAUUAGUUUUUGGCCAAUCAUAUGAGAGCGUUCCCACGCUACUAAUUAUAUAGUCUUUCCAUGAUGCGUCAGGACUUUCCAACAAAAAAAUACAAUACGUAACAUCUUAACAUGGAUAGUCACUGGCUCAGACUAUUCGCAGACAUCAAAACGUUUUGAUACUCAGGUUGUUUUCACUAAAGAUGCGGCCUACACGCGUAAGCGUCAGUCAAACAAAUAUUCCCGAAAAAUAUUUUUUCCCUAAAAGUCUUGAUUCUCCGUACUUCAGAAUUGCUACUAUCUCGUUAAAUGUUUUAAUACUACUUUAAAGUCCAACACCGACAAGCACGCUCCUUGGCGGAAGAGAUCCAUGACUCAAAGAGCUCAAGCUCCAUGGUUUUCCGGUGAGAUCAGAUCUGCGGAACGUCGCCGAAGGAUAGCUGAGCGUAACUGGAGGUCUUCAAAGUCUGAAUCUGACUGGAGAGCAUUCAAACUUCUUCGGAACAAAGUUGUCUUUCUUAUGAAUAAGUAUCGUCGUGAAUUUUACACAGAUUUUGUCGGCAACUUUUCUGAUGAUCAACGCAAGCUUUUUGCUGCUACAAAAAACUGUUAAAUCAGACAGCAUAUACGCUUUUUCCACCUCAUGGCGAUAAGUUACCCUUGGCUAAUGACAUGGGGUCGUUCUUUAUUAAGAAAAUAUCGGAUCUUCGUGUUAGCCUUGAUGCAACUGAGAAUUUGUGCAGCACUGUUAACCACCACUCUUCUCAUUGUUCUUUGUCCUUUACUGCUUUUCGCCGUGUAGACAUGGACUCUUUAAGAAAACUUGUGCUCAGAGCGCCGACAAAAUCUUGUUUACUUGAUCCUGUUCCCACCAAUAUCUUGCAAGAUUGCCUUGAUGAGUUACUUCCGAUAUAUCAAAUACGAUAAACUUGUCGCUUGAAUCAGGAUUUUUCCCUGACAUUUGGAAAGAGUCGGUUGUUACACCGCUGUUAAAAAAACCAAGGUCUUGACUUGGUUUUUAAAACUUUCGACCAAUCAGCAAUCUUUCCUUUGUUCCAAAAUUGGCUGAAAGAGUGGCAGCUGAUCAGAUUCAGUCCUACUGAAAUGAGCAUGAUCUUUUUACUUCAUUGCAAUCAGCCUAUCGACGGCACCAUAGCACAGAAACUGCUCUGCUUAAAGUCAAGAAUGACAUUUUGAUGACCAUGCAAAAUCAGAAGGUCACGUUGUUAGUGCUUCUUGAUUUAAGCGCCGCGUUUGAUACCGUGGACCAUCGGAUUCUCUUAGAUCGCCUCCAGUUUGAUUUUGGAAUUUCAGGCUCUGCACUUAAUUGGAUUGAAUCGUACCUUUCUAACAGAAUAGACGGAGUUCUAUCGAAUAAUUUUAAUCUUAAAUUUUGAUUUCCACAAGGCAGCUGUCUCGGCCAUUAUUGUUUUCUCUCUAUGCCAACAAACUUUUUAAGAUUGUCAAAUCACAUCUUCCUAAUCCCCAUUGUUAUGCAGAUGACACGCAACUGUAUAUCGUGUUUAGAUCAGGAAAUGAUUUGGAGGAGACCGCUGCUAUAACUGCCAUGGAGGAAUGUAUUGCUGAUAUCAGUCAGUGGAUGCAUUCGGAUAAGUUAAAACUGUAUUCGGAUAAGACAGAAUGUCUUCUGAUUGUAACGCGACAACAACUUCAGAAAGUCAGUAACAUUAGUACCUUAUCGGUGAGGGACUCCCAAAUUGCUCCAACAUGUGAAGUUCGAAACCAGCGAGGAACCUGGUUUGAUUCUAAAAUGAGUAUGCUAACUCAUAUCAACAAAACUUGCUCAUCUGCUUUCUAUUAUCUUUAUAACAUGCGUAGAAUUAGGAAAUAUUUAAGUCGUUCAGUCACUGAAUCAUUAGUUCAUGCUUUUAUAACCAGUCGGAAACUCAUAAGGGGUUGAAACGUGUAAUUCUCAGUUGUUUGCUUUGUCCGAUGCUCGUGAUUUUUCAUUUUCGAAAGUACCAUAUUUGGAAUGAGAAGAGGAGAUAACUGACCAAUCAAACUUCGUAAACAACGUGACGUAGUUUUACUUCAGGUUCCCGCCGACAAACGAGGGAAAAACUCCCGAAAGCCGAGAAAGCUUUCAAAGGUUGAAACCAGGAAUCUUACCGAAACACUCAGCAGGAUAUUGUUGCCUUACCACCCGGGCCAAACAUAACAUUGUGAUUCCCUUUGACGUCCUCGCAACUUCUUGAAGUUGUCACUUCAGAAAACGAUGCCUCGUUGACCCUCUGCACAGUAAACUUACAAUGCAAAUAGGCUUUUAAAAUACUUAUAUUGAAAGUCUAGAAUAAACAGUGAAAAAUAUCUUCGAAUAAAAUUGAUCUGCUGCGUAUCGAAAAGUGUCCAAAACCUGAACCUGACAUCUUCGCAAAAAGUGAUGCGUGUAAUGAAUGCGAGAAGCAUUAAGCUAAAAUUCAGCUUGGAUGUUGUAGUGACCAUCGUGUUUUGAGCUAAUUUUAUGAAUGAACAAACUCAAAACAAUAGACAGAGAAGCCGUUUCUUGAAAAUUUUUAUUCAAAAUCCAACAGUUAAUCCUUUAAAACAAUUCGGAAAACACUAUCUCGAUCGUGGAUCCGUUCACGCAAGUGAAAUCGGCUGUGCACAUGGCAAAAUUCAGCACAAAAUACAUCUCAAAUCGGGGCACAUUUUGUAAUUUUUCUUUAGCGCCGAAGAGAAAAAUUUAUAAAACGUCUAUGCAACAUUUAAAAAUACAUAAAUUCCCUUUCAAAAACGUGAUUGUCUUGGCCAUAGAGUGCAAAAUGUACCUGAAAAUUCAGCAAAAACUUCACUGCCUUGGUUGCAUUUUAAAACAGACCAGAGAUCCGUCGUGAAGUAAAACAAGGUUGAAUUCCUCGAGGGACGAUUUCUUGAUGAAAAGCUUCCCUUCCUCCACAAGAAGAAAGCUGAGGAUUCUUUUGAACUUUCUCUUUCCAUUUUUUGUCUUUUAACAGUUUAUUUUAAAGCCUGAAAUGCAGAACUCUUGUCUUCGCAGGAGCCAUUGUGUUGAAAAUGGAUAUCUGUCACUAAGGUUUCCAAAUAUGGUAAAAGUGAAUAUUCACCAGCAUUGAACGCGAGUUACACGUUUCAACCCCUUAUGGGUUUCUGAACCAGUAGAAUAGAUUAUUGUAACAGUCUACUAUAUGGCCUCCCGAAUUCACAUAUCAUGAAACUCCAACGGAUGCAGAAUGCCGCAGCUCGGUUGGUCACAGAAACAACAAGAUUCUGCCAUGUUACACCAUUGCUUUUCCACCUUCAAUGGCUUCCGAUAAGUUUCCGUAUAAAAUUUAAGAUUCUACUUUUGACAUUAAAGUGCUUAUAUGAACUAUGGUAAAGCUUUAACUGAUUUAAUUACUAUCAAAAAGCAAUCCAGGUACUCUCUAAGGACAAAUGAGUCUAUAUUCCCCGAGUUACCAUCCAACUCUUGGCGAUCGUGCAUUCUAGUCAGCUGCACCUUAUCUCUGGAAUGCAUUACCUUCGGCAGUUCGCAACAUGAAGACAUUGAACACUUUUAAGACUGCUGUUAAAACUGAUUUUUUUUUAAUUUAGCUUUUAAAUAGAUUUAAUAGUUGGCUUUUAUUGUAUUUUCUUCUAGUUUUUAAUACCUUUUAUUGUAGUUUUUAAUAGUUUCUCACGCUUUAGUCACCUUCAACAUAAAUUUAAUAUAAAAAUAUUGUAAAGCGCAACCGAAUAUAUUCAUAUAGAGGUUUGCGCUAUAUAAAUGUAAAUUAUUAUUAUUAUUAUUAUUAUUAUUAUUAUUAUUUUCCUUUUUUAAAAAACGUUUUUACGCUUUUUUUAUCUCUAGCGGCCUUUUUUAUACAAUCGAGUUGACCGGUUACCCAACAGCCAGUUUAAACUAUGUUUGGAAACAAUUUUCCAUUAGAAACUGGUAAUAUUGUCUUUUAAAGCGGAAUAGUUGGUAUUUUUCGUUUAAAAUAUUGUGAAAAUGGCAUGUUUAAAUACUGCUAAAAAGAAUUUAAUGAUGUCCAUAAUUUUAAAUCAGCUUUAAAAUUGAACUGGCCUCAUUAAAUAGCGCGCGUUAAAAAUAUUUCAGGUAUACUAUUUUUGAACUGUUUAAUGUCGCAGUCCCAAAGUUCCUUUUAAAAUAUUGUUAAAACAUCCUAGUUAAAAACAAUUUUGGUAUCUUUCUUGUAAAAACUACAUUUUAAAUCAGUAAUACAUUAAACAACACUACCACUUUAAAACAAAGCUAGCUGUCAUUAUCCUUUUUGUCGGACGGCAUAGGCUGAAAAAAAGACUUUAAAAAAUGAAAGAAAAUCGCCCUAAAAUAGUGUAAUCAAUAUAUAGAUUUAGCUAGGGCUAAAAGCGAAGCUCUUGUUAAAAUCUAUAGUUUACUAAAUAAAAUAUAAACGAAAACAGCCCCCCCCCCCCCAAAAAAAAAAAAAAAAUCAGUAGGUCUAUAAUUAGCCAAAAAAGAAAAAAAAAAUUGCACGUGUAGCACACUUUUUUCUUAUUAGCAAAAAACAACUUUGCACGCUUUUUUUCUACAUUUCUUUGCCGUUGUUUUGAACGAAUACGACGUGAACUUCCAGAAACUUUCCAGUUACACUUUUUAUGGAGGAAAUGUUGCGGUGUUCCUGUUCACUUUUUUUCGCUGCCGCUCAUUUUCACCUUGGUGGCAGCUAGCAUUUCUUCUUUUUCUCACCGCUGCUAUAAAUUUUUUUUGUUUUUGUUCUAACGAAAUUGGUCUCCUUCGGUCUUUAUCUCUGGCCCUAUCUCUUUCUCUGUUAUCCACGUCAAUGUAGACAUUGAAAUUAAGUCGAAAGAAAGAACUGGCAUUUGUUGUUCCCGCCUUUUUAUCUUUAAAAGGCCGGGAAGCUAAGCGAUUUACCGCCGAAACGCGCAGAUGCUUGAAAAGCAAAAUUUCAUCCCUUCUUACAUGAAGGGGUGGACGUAUUUACCGACGUACCUGGUACGGACGAUUUUCUCAGAACCAAAAUUUCUUGGAUGCAUAGAUUACCGGACCUGUACACAUCAUUUAGGGCAUAAAGUGGCGAAUCAAGCAAGCGUGACAAAAUAAGGUAACCUUUUAGUUCAUUCAACAAAAAGAAAAAUAAACUUAAAACCGCUAACCUUGUCUUCAAUCGGGGCCUAUUAUUAACUUUCCGACGAAACACUCGUCACGCUCGUUGGGACUCAUUUAGACAACAUCCCUUCCUUCUAAACACUACAUUAAGGAAUGUUUAGUGGGAAUUUUGGUGGCGAUCUUAACCGGCGCCCCAUUGAUCCCAAAAGUUAUUAUUGAAUGAGGCAGAGUGGGAUAUGAAGAAUUAAUAAUGUGCAGACCGAGGACGUGUUUUUCGACCUAAGAUUCCAUUUUUUCAUUCAAGCUUCCUUUACAGUAGACACGGAGGGCUGGUAUUGUGUCACGAAUGGCAAUAUUUCUUUUUCCUCCUUGUUGUUUUGUUUUAGGAGUUUAGACUCCCUUUUGUGAAUUUUAUUUCUGAUGUUAGGUUUUCUAUCAAAGAUUGUGGGUAGCCUCCGUCCAUCAAGCGUUUUUCUUUUUAAAUGUGAACUAUUUUAGUCGAAGGUUGAUUCUGAGGAGUUUUUUUCGUAGGAUUCUCAAGGCUUGUCGUUUGACAAAUACUUUUUUAACAUUUGGAGGAUGACACGAGGUGAAAUGUGUGUGCAAGAAGGUUUCCGUUUGUUUAAAAUGUGUCUUUGCAUCAAGGAUAGAUUUUUCCUUGAAACUUGUGCCUUUGUAUACAACCGUGUCUAAAAACGCAGUCUUAGUGUCAAAUGUUUGGGCCGUGAAUUCAAUAGUUGGGUGAUGUAAGUUUACUUGCCCAAUGAAGGCUUCGAUGUCUGGUUUACUCAUGACCCAUAGGGAAGAUAUCGUGUAGUUCCAUGGUUUUGUAGGUAGUGCUUUCCAUUGAAGUGGAAGAAAUUUUCUUUAAGGAUUAAUCUAAGCAUUUCCGGCAAGUAAUGUGGAGAGGAAUGGGUUGUCUUUUUAGAAAUUUUCAUAUGCUUUGUGACAGAUAAUUUCAAUAUACCCUCGUUUUGCUGUAUAUUUGUGUCAAGACUCAUAACGUCCAUUGAAACAAGAAAUUUUCGGUUUUUCACAUUUGUCUUUUCAGUGAAAAGUUUGAUUCUGUGAUUUUGAUAUUGGUUGUAGCAGUGUAUCAACAAAUUUUGUCAAGCACAGAACAAGGUUUUAUUGGAUCAUUAAGAGGAAACCAAGCAUCCAUGUUUGAACUAGUGGGUGGGUCAUGCAAUUUCCAACCUUGCUUUAGGGGUGGGUCAGUCAUUUUUGUGCCGAAGGGAGGGGGUGGAUCAUGCGUUUUUUAUCAGCCACAUUUCCAAAUGCUCCGGCCCACCCCCUCUAUACUUUUUGACCAGUCCUUAAAUGCUUUAUUAUUCAUUCAAAAAAAUUCGAAGUUUAAAAACAAGACUUGCUUACCUCGGUCUAUGUUAAGUUUAUAUCGAUAGCGCAACUCUAUCGAGAAAUUUAGGAGAUAAAGGUCCGUUCAGGUCUGCAAAUAUACUCCAAAUAGCAAAUGUUGUCCGUCGAGUUGUCUUGAUGUUCGUGCUACGGUUUUAGAUAUUAUUUCGUUGUGAAACGAGUGAAAUGUUUCGCCGACUGUUCAGCCAUUUUGCUCUCACUACCAAAACAACUCAACCUUGUCCCCAAGUUUUCUCGGUUAACGGUUCAAUAGUCUGCAACUUUGGCUGCACUUUUGACGUCAUCGGUUCAAUAUGACAAAAUUCUUUCCAAAUUUGGUCAGCAGUAGCUUCUUAUGAUGAAUUAUGCGUGUGCUUUUAGCCAAUCAGAAACGGAGAAAUAUUUUGAAUGAAUAAUAAUGUCUGAUUAAAAUUAACGUUGUGUUUUAAUUCUUUUUAUUUUACAGUGUGCUAUUAGAUUAAACAACCAUGGCCACUUCUUCUGAUCAACUGGCAGAGCUUAGACAACGUGGUAGCUUUUUUGCCAGGUCGACACUGAAAGUAACUCUUCUGGGAAGUGAGUGGAAUUCUUCAGCUGGUGGUUUGUCAACAUUAAACAGGGAGCUUGCUAUUCACCUUUCAAAACAUCCCAAAGUGGAAGUAACAUUGUUAGUUCCAGAGGGAUGUUGUGAAGAUAAGGAAAAAAUAGAAGCUUGGAGUUAUGGAGUAACUAUCGCCGAUGCGCCGCAUCAACCAGGCUAUAAUCCUCUUGACUGGUUAAGCUUCCCACCCAAAGACCUCAGCAUUGAUGUUGUUAUUGGUCAUGGUGUAAAGCUUGGCCGGCAAGGACAAGUUAUCCGAAAUUUUUUCCAGCUGAACAACUGUAAGUGGGUACAAGUGGUACAUACUGCUCCAGAAGACCUUGGCAAGUAUAAAAUCUACGGUGAACCUACUUCAAAAGGGGAACAAAAGCAUCAGGUUGAGGUUGACCUCUGUAAGCGUGCUGAUCUUAUCGUGUCUGUUGGACCUCGGCUAACAGAGUUUUACUCUUCGUACUUACGAGGCUGCAAAAAAGAUAAGGAUAUUUUUUCGCUUACUCCAGGACUUUUUGAUAGGGAAUUUGGGGAUGUAGUGCAAUCUGCCCAUUGCAAUGGUGACUUUAGGGUGUUAAUAUUUGGUCGUGGUGACAAGGAGGAUUUUGAGCUUAAAGGGUACAACAUUGCUGCUCAAGCGUUUACUGACCCACGGCUGAAGAAAAAACCUUAUCAACUGAUCUUUGUUGGUGCACCUGAAGGAAAGCAAGACGAUGUUAGGGAAAGACUUUUGCAGUGUGGUGUUGCUAAAGAACAGUUAAUUGUCAGAACAUUCGUUCGUAGCAGAGGCAAAAUAAAAGAUUUGCUGUGCGAAGCUGACCUUGCCAUCAUGCCAUCAAAAUCAGAGGGAUUUGGACUUGUAGCACUUGAGGCCUUGUCUGCCGGUUUACCUAUUCUGGUAGGCAGUAGGUCAGGAUUUGCCAAGGCUUUAGAGAGCAUUCCUCAUGGCCAUUCGUGCAUAGUGUAUUCUGAUGACCCUGCAAAAUGGGCAGAAGCGAUUGUAGCUGUUCGCGUAAGACAAGAAAUGCGACUGAAGGAGAUCAACUCCCUGAACAAAUCCUACGAUAAAAUGUACAGUUGGGAGGAGCAAUGUGAAGCCCUUGUAGAGAGAAUGUGGAAAAUGGUUCAUGAUCAGAGCUGUGAGUUACACUAAAGCAUUAUUGCAUUUUUAAAAUCAAUAAUAUAUAGAUUUAGCCAGAGCUAAAAGCGAAGCUCCCGUUAAUAAAUUCAUAAUUUAAAUCAAACAAUAAACUUGUAAUCCACAGAUCAGGGCACAUUCAUGUGACUUUUGAGGCAAAGGCUAAGGGAUUUUAGAGAAAAAUAAUUUGACAGUCCAAGAGUGAAACAAAUUUUACAUCGAGUUAAUAGUCUUAUUUGUACACCCAAAAAUAGCAAUCAUGUUCGAUCAUGGUAGAUUAGGCCUAGAAAGUGUAUUGUAUUUGCAGUAGCUGUUGCAUCAUAGUGUGGCAUUCACCAGUCUCUCCAACAUUGCUCCGUUUGAGAGACUAAUAAUUGGACAACCCCGAAAUAUCAUACUAUGAAGGAAAGGUGAAGAAGACUACAAAAAAAAGGUUUCCCGAAACUUCGUGUACACAUUAAGGACAACAACAACUUGCCACAUGGUAAGUUUCAUCGAUUUUUAUUUCCAUUUUCUAGCAAAUUUCCAGACCUAAACUUCGCCCCAUAUGUUCUCUAUAUUUAACCAUGUUAUGAAAUCCGAACGUGACACUAACAGUGAGCCUGGGUUACCUGUGAUCAAAGCACGCCCUUCCUUUGCACAACAAAUUAUAGCAUUGACCACAUUAUAAAACGUUUUCAUGAAGAGAAUUACAUAAUGCCGGGGACUUUUCAGUUGGAAAAAUCUGGUCCUAUGUGAUAUGCAGGGUAAUAAUUAUGGGCUUUUCGUGAAAACGAUAAAAAAAUUCCCAAAAACACCUUUUCGGCCAGCCGGACGGGUUCUCACUUUUGACAGGCACCAAAUUUGCAGUGCGAUUUAAAGAGUUACCAUUUACGCUUCAACAUGACAGAGAAUUUGUUAUGUUUAGGUUUUAUUUCCCUUUAUUUAUAAAACUGUUCAUGGUUUUGUUAUGUGUAAUCUUUAAAAGCGAGUGAUUAUUUACGCCCGGCGUUUUGAGUAUUCCUGCAUGCGAUGUUAAUGUUUGACUGGAAACGACCGGUGCAGAGAUAAAAAUUGCUAGAGGGACUACUGACAAUCAGCAAUUAUAUAAAAUAAUUAAAAUCCAGUGAAACAUGUACAGAGACAAUAAUUUUCACUCACGAAGACAAGUAUUGAGAGUAAAGUGUCUCUGAAAAUCAUGAGUCAGGUAAGCAUAAGCUUACUUAUGUUUUAAGCCGGCUUCCCGGUGUUUGACCCUUUUCAAGAUGAACUCGAGGCAAGAAAAUCGCUCAGAGCUUUCUGUUUACAGCUAAAAUCAUAACUAAAUAUUCUUCGGAACGUUUUCUUUGAAUUUGCGGUCAAAAAAUGUCUAAAGGCUUUUUAAACCUGAUACUAUUGUAUGUUAGAUCAUUGCUCGUGUAUAUACUUAAGCCGCAUAAACCAUACGCUCGACUUCUGCAGGAAACCAAAAAAAAAAAAAACACACACACAUCAAAGACAAUAAGUGCUCAGGCUUCCCAGUCGAGAUGCUGCUUCUGAAGGUCAUCAAGUGUUCCAGAAUCGCCUGAGACUUUUCAACCCUCUUACGCCUCAAGCAAGGGCUAGUGAGUAAGCCCAUUUUUGAAAACGAUGCUAUCCCAAAUCGGAUUUCCAAUGACUUUGACGAGCGGCGCAUUUCUCAACAAAAAGCGCAAUAAACAAACCAGCCAUGAAUUACAGAACAAUCUUGAUAGCAGCUGUAUUUCAUUUCGUACAUCAAGUGGGAAAAGGCAGUUUAAAACAUCACAAGAUGACACAAAACUCUGUCAGCUUCAGCUAUCAGUAAGCAAGUUUCCAGACGCUGCAUAAAUUUUCCGCGUGAACUCACCUGUCAAAUUUUGACCAGUCAGAACAUAAAAAUUGGACGUAGAGCGUGAUCAACGCCUGACAGUGAGAAAAGAUAAAAGCGAUUGCCUUCCCUGCAUGUAAAAGCCGGUUGAAUUUUCGGGUCCGAAGUCAGUUAGAAAUCAAAAUUUUAAAAGUGCGGCUGAUGAACUAGUCUGCUACGCAGCCGUUUUUAGUCCUCGUUGCGUGACAACACUAAAAACGGCUGUGUAGCAGACUAGUCAUGAACACGACUUAUUUCAUAAUCAUGCAUUUUAAAAAAAUUGAGCUUGAGCCUGCGAUCAGUUGAAAAGUAGCAACUUGUCAGCGGAUAACUUCAAAAACACUUGAACUCAGUGGGUCGAUAUCUGAGCCCGCGAUACUGGUCAGCAGAAACAUCAUUUUGACAGCUGUCAAUUAAUCAAAACAUGUAUGUACAAUAUCAGGUUGCAGGCCCCCAAACUAGCUAGAAAAUGUGAGAUUAAACAUUGGUAUGCCUGUGGUGCGGAAGGACGGAAGGUCGGGUGGUCGGUGUACGAUCACGUGAUUACCGAAUUUUCUAGGAUGGAUAGAUUUUCUAAGCUAUGGUGCUUCGAAUUGAGCCCGUGAUCAAAUAAAAUAUAAGCGGAAAACUUUAAAAACUACGUGACCUCAAUUGAUAGAAAAACGACCCUGCGAUACAGUCAGGUGAUGAUGGUCAGCGUAUACUCUAGUUUGGCAGCUGUCAAUUAACCUUCAUUAGAACGGUGAACAUUCGAAUUAACAGACUACGAGUGUGAGAAAGACAUAUCCUCCGGCUUGUAGUGGAAAAUGCCAGAUCGUGUACCUGAGCGAACCUGAGCCCACGUUAUUGGUUUUCUGAUAGUGGUCUGCACAUAUCCCAUUUUGACAGCUGUUAGUUGACCUUAAUUUGGCUUGGCAAUAUAACUUUAAACGACUGUCAGCCUACUGACAGCCCUGCCCGGGGUAGUUUCGUUUUUAUGUUGAAUUGUGAAAUUUAACAUAUUAUAUCAGCUUAUAUGUAGGGGCAAAAGGACUGGUCUUUCAUCUGAGCCCGCGAGGUGGUUACGUGAUAAUUGUCAGCGGAUGUCUGAUUUUGACAGCUGUCAAUCUAAUCGUACUCAUACGGAUGGCUUAAAAAACUGAAAGGCUAGUCAAGUUGUGCAAGAGCUAUUGUGACAUUUGACAUCGGCUUACAUGAAGCGUGUGUACGGGUGGGCGUACGCUACGUCAUAACCAAAUGUUCUCGGAUGGAUAGUUUACCAAAUUUUGUUACCCAUGGUGCUCCGCUACGCGCGCUUGGCGCGGGAACUCCGCUAUUAAAUUAAGGUUUUCUCGAUAUAGGUUUUUCGAGGCCAUAAUGAUAUCUUUCAAUCGACUUAAAAGUGAUUUUAUCCUUUUCCGAUCGCCCUGAAAUUUUCACCACUGAUUAACUGUAAAUUGAAAGUUUGUCAACAUAAAGGAGUUUUAAGUAAAAUCGAUAUCACUAUGACAACAACAAACACUUUGAAAUUAAUAAAUGCCGAAUUUUGCGCGAUCUAGACCAGAUACCAAAAAGCUGACAUCAAGAACUUAAUUAAAAUGUGGUGUUUAGAAAAAGACCCUUGAGACAAGUAACAAAUUUGGAAUAUUUGAAUUCAAAUACAAUGUAAUUAGACAUAUUUCAAGCCUUAUAUUUUCAAUAGCCGUGAUAAAUUGUUUGAUAAAAAAUUCUGAAUAACUCAAAUUAAUGUGACGCUGCUUAAAAGCAGCGUCAGAAUAGUGCUUAAUAUCAUAUUUCAUGAUUUGGAAAUUUUGGUGUAUUUUCUUUCUUGCAAUCCUGAAAACUAACAUGUGUUCUCACCACCUGUCUAAGUGAAACUUUAUAUCUCUAGAACGGCUCGAUGGAAUUCUUUUCAAACAUCAUCACAUAAUCGUCACAAUGUAUAUAAUAAUAUCUGAAACUUUCUUUGAGAUUGAUCCACCGCAACACCUUGAAAUUUUAAGACGAACCUAGCCUACGAAUCGACCACUGAAAAUCUGCGUUACAACAUUCUCUGUUUUGACGUUAUGCUAAUAUUUCCAAAUUAAUACGCGCCAUAUAUAACUCCAUGAUUAGUAUUCAGCGUGAAUAUUGUCAAAUGUUUUACAUUCAAAGAUGCCAUGUCACUGAAAUGUGUUACAUGUAGUAGCUGGUCUAGAUUGCUCAAAAUUCGGCUUCUAUCGAUUUCAAUUUUUUUUGUUUAUCGUUGUCAAAAUUACCUUUUAUUAAACUUCAAACCAAAUUCAAUCAGUGGUAAAAAUUUCAUUGCGAUCGGACAAGAAUAAAAACACUUUUUAAAAAAUAUAGGCCGUAUGGUCUCCGAAAAACUAAAACUGAUCGAAACACCUUCAAUACGCUCGUAUGAUCGUCGGGGCACAGAGAAAAGGGCGCUGAAUUCACCUGAUGUUUCUAUUUAUCUGUUUACACCUUUUACAUUGUAGGAAGAAGAGAGUCUAUAUGACGCCUUAUUCUUUGGAAAAACUGUGAUUUGAUUAAUUAACUGGGCUGCCUCAAGGCGGGCCCAGUUUAUAAAAUGGAUAGAUUUCUCCAUCAGAAAAUGAAAACUAUCAAUGAUUAACCCAAUAACCCAGAAGUCGUUGAAAAUGGAGAAGCCUGUUGAGUGCUCUCCAAACUUCCCAAGUGCUCAAUAUCUCGACAUGCGCACAGCUGAAGCAUGAACCAAUUGUUUUAUAACAUUAUCAAAGCUAUCAAAGCAGUAGUUACCUUAAAUUUUUAUUAUUAUAGCGUGCGCUCAAAGCAGUACGCGUCAAUGCCUACGUGACUACAUUUUUUCACCCCACAGUUAUGUUUUUGUCUUGAAACUGAGAGAAAGUAUAAUCAAGUCGCUUAAGAUAACAGUCAAAAAGAGUGUAAAAUCGAUAUUGAGGUGUCGGAAAACUAUUAAAUUACCAAAAAGUUCUUUUUGAAAAAAAUAACUUUGCAAAGAAUGAUUUGCACACGCAAUAGCCCGCACAGCUCGCGAGGAUGACACACAGCAACAACACUCACCUCUUUUCUCUACUAUCGGUUAGCAAAUUGGAAAGUUUUCUCUUAAAUUUACGCUUUUUACGUUAUACAACACAUGGUUAACGCUUCAUCGUGUACUGUUGAGUUAUUGAUGCACUUGGGAGACGUCUUGGGAGGAUUGCUAAGCUUACAAGAACUCGAGGUACAGUUUCUUGACGUCAUUAGAGAGCUCAAUGGGAGUAUGAAGCACGCUCGCGCAAUUGAAUUUGAAUAGGCGAAAAUUCUAGCUAUGUUAUAACGUCUAUUGAUCAUCUCUAUCACUCUCGGUUGAAUAAGGCCGGUGUAUCUUUGAUGGGUGUUAUAGCGGUUGUUUUCUCUUAAAAUCUGUUUGCUGUCUGUAAUUCUGUACAGUAUAGGUUGUUGUGAACAGGAUUCCGACAAAUAAUCACCCUCGAUAUGGUUGUCUACAUUAAUAUAUUUACGAUCACAGAUUUGCCAGGUUCUCUCGCGUUUCGAUCUCUCACUCAACCUAAGCGUUAAUAUUACAUUGUUACGAAAGUCUUCCGAAAGGGUGCAAUGUUCAAAUUAGUUGACCAUGUUUCACUCUCACAGGAGAUUCUAUGUCACUCAGUUGUCGGCGGUAGCCUGUGUACAGCCGCCCCCUACCCUCAGAAAAAAUCGGAGAAGGGGCGAUUUUAUUUGAGGGGACGGGGUGGCUAUGCCGUUUUAUAGCAGCCCAGUUAGAGUUGCUUUUCAACGAAUCUAGUUUUACUAAAACUUGCCUCUAGAAAGAAAGUGCUCUCACAUUCCUUUACCGAGUUUUGUUUACCAUGUUGUUUUCUUGUUGUUAUUUUUGUUUUGGUGUACUUAAUAUUCUCUGUAACGCUACAGAAAACGGAAUGUCUACAGUUUAUUAACUGGCUUAUCCCCAGCGCGCGCUAGACUGAAGUUGGCUUUCGUAUAGAGUUAUCUUAGAGUUUCUUUUUGCCACCUCGAGCAACGUUUCCUGGAGUGCAUCCUGUAAAAUCCUAAGAAGGAUGAAGUCCAGGGGGAGAGUAAUGUCAUGAAUAUGGGUACCCUUCACAGUGCGACAUACCUAUAUAUGUUAUGGUUUUCAAGUCUUUCAGCCUGGGAUCCAGAAAACUGAUCAUUUGGUUGAAGAUUUUAGUCUAGACUAGGGCAACAGGGAAUUGUUUGUUACUGUUAGUCACUGAAGAAUCAAGAAUUCUUAAAUAGUUUAGUGUUUGACGGUAAAGGUUCUGACCAUGUCAUGAAUUGCCUGAGCCAACAUUUGAUCUUGUAUUCUGAAGACUGUCUUAGUGAGGGCCUGUUAUUUAUUAUUUAAUACAGGGCUUUUAGAUGAAAGUAAGCGCAUGUCAAAAAUUGACUCGCCUGUUGACACGUGUAGAGAAGCAACUAAAACGGAAGAAGGAUCAUUCUUAAACAAGGAAGACUCUCAAACGUACACUUCAGGAUCCGUCGCCAGUCCAGGUACAGAGUUACAUAGUGCUGCAUUAAACUAGCGGAGGAUUAAGGGCCUGUUUACAUGGAGUUGUGGGCCCCAGAUAGGUGAGUUAACAUGUGGCGGGUCACCUAACCUAUCAUGUAAACGUGAUCAAAUUAUAAUGAGAGAUAUAUAUGGACAGGCGGGUUAACCCACGUAGGCGAGUUACCUCACCUGCAGGGGCCUCUCCACCUCCCUAAGUCUUGUUGUUGUACUAGAUUAAGUACAAAUUUUAAAAAAUACGUAAAUUUCGAAAAUAUGGCUGUCAAAACCCAAUUGGCAUGGUAACGUCAAUGUUGACGUACACAUCACAAAGGCCUUAAAAUGUCCCCGGAUAAAGUUUAGGAUAAGUCGUCCUAAGUCUGGUGGUCAUAGCUUAAACGGUUUAGAAGCUGUUCAACUAUAAAGUUAAAGAAGGCCUCAAGAGCCCCCUCCCCGGCCGGAAUUUGGGAUUAAAAACUUUAGGCCUUGGAAAGCGACCGAAAAAUGUCUUAUAUUUCUUCAGUGUGAUAAGCGGAAAUAAAGUGCGUGACGGAUCAUAUAGCUAUGAGUACUAUUUCUCAAGGAACACAGAGAAAUACAUGAUAUGCGAAGAUUACAGUUCUAAAAGAAUACAUAAAUUGAAUUUACUGCAACAAGUGAAUGUUUUCAAAUUUAUUAUAGGUACAGCUGUAACUUGAGUUACCUAAAAAUCUGAUGAAAUCUGUUUGAGCAUCGCAGCUGUUCUAUUGACCAAUUUUGUUGGUAGAUCCCCAAACUAAGUUACAGUAGUAUUUGACAGUAAUGCAUCAGUCAAUUCCACCUGCGCCAAACUCCCCCGGGCUACUGCGGAGCAUUUGCCCUCCUUGUCAGUCCCGGGGGUGGGGCAUUUGCAAAUUUUGCACUGCCCGGGGGCCGGGCAUUUGCCAACCCCGGGGGCAUUCCCUAGCUUUUCAUACGCACGCGGUCUCCUAUCAGAAUACAACUACACAAAAGGUUUUACUGGAAAAAAAGCAGAUUGGCUCAUCUGUCAAGGACAAGGGUUGUAAAGUCAUGUUCUCGAUUUUAUGCAUGCAUUUCUUCAUUGCUUAUCAUAGCGAAAUUGGAGCUAUGGAUGUGAAUCGACGUUUUUUGGCUGUUGAUAUUAUCUGAAGAACAUCCCUUCUUAUUUAUAAAACAAUUCAUUUCAUAUAACUUUACAGCGCUCUAUUAAUUUUAAUGUCAAUAAUUUUAUAUCAAUACUAAACCAUAAACUGGUGCAUGUCGUUGCGGCGUGAAGUCUUAAUUAGAAUCCUAGUGCUAUCACAAAGGAAGACGUUAACUGAAACAAAAAAUCGCACUGUGCGAUCAAUGAAAAAUGUUGCAGUGUUGACGGAGGACGGGGAAUUUGCCCUCGUUUUUCUUCCCCACCCCGGGGGAUUUGACAGCUCAAGAGUCCCCACACCAGGGAAUUUACCAUCCAAGGCAAAAAAAAAAGUUCUUAUGCCCGGGGGGGGGGGGGUGGGUCUGGGCGCAGCUGGAAUUGACUGAUGCAUAAUACGAAAGAAUCGUUAAAAAUAACUGAGUUAUUUGACUCGUGUGCCGAUUAGCAAAUUUCUAUCUUCAUUACGCGGACAUUCACAUAAAAAUUACUGAUUGUGCCAGGCUACACGUGUACAUAAUAGCUGCUAAACAAUGAGAAUUCUAUUAAGGUUGCACAAAGAAUUCACUUAGAUUUCGUUGUCUCCAGCUCUAAUUUGACCUCGGUUUUCAAAAAAAAAAAGCCUGCUAGUUCGUUUCAGAUUGACCUUACUAUCUCAAACAAAUUAAUAUAUAGCUUGUGUUUCUGGGCUUAAAUUUUCGUGGAGGUGAAGAAAAAAUGAAAGAAAGUGUGGUCACAGCCUGUGAAAUCCUAAGCUUAAAACGGCCAAUCAAAGUGCGCCAUUCCGCCUUGAGACUAGCUUGCCAUAUAAUAAUAAAUUCAGUACUACUAUUGUGACAAUAUUGGCCAUGAUGGUAUAUUGAAACCGGGCACGUGUUGGCCUCGUUUUCAUGAAUUACAGAGUUGUUGUUGAACCGGCAUCUUGAAGUGCUCUCUUCUCUUGUCUCUUGUUGUUACAUGGUAGCAGCUGUGGCUGUUAACCGUGCCUACUGAUUCUGAAAGUCAAUCUUCAGGACCGCAAGCUUUAGCUCCUGCUUUUCGACGGCCACAAGUCUCUCCUCCGCAACCUCUAGAGAUCGAAGGCGAUCGGGCCGACAAUUGGAAAAUCUGGAAACAAAGUUGGCAAAAUUACACGGUAUUAUCACGGGCUUACACAGCCAACCUGAAGACUACAAAUGCGCCAUUCGUCUGCACAGCAUUGGAAUAGACGCCAUGCGAAUCUACAACGGUAUGAAAUUCUCUGCAGGCAAGGACCGCAACAAGAUGGCAGAUAUUAUAGCCAAGUACGACCAGCACUUUCUUGGUCAAGCACAGGAAUUCUUUGAGCGUUUUCAGUUCAAUCGUAGAGAUCAAGCUUCUGGUCCGUCAAUCGAUGAGCACCUCUCAGUUCUGCGAAACAUGUCUAAAACUUGUGGUUUCUGUGACUGCAUGCGAAAUUUUUUGGUCAUGGACCGCCUGCUCCUGGGCAUCACAGGUGACAAAACGCGCGAAGAACUACUCUCCACACAUGACAACUCUGAACAAGGCUAUUGAAAUCUGUCGAGGAAUAGAAGCUGCUUCUCAUCACAUGAAGGCACUGAAAAGUGAGGAAGUUAAUAAGAUCAAGGACAUAUCGAAGAAGAAAUCAGGACAACAUAAACACUGGUGUAGAAUCAAGAAACCUCUCCAAAGUGUUGAUCAAAAAGCUUUAAAGAAGUGUCUCUCCACUCCUGUAAUCCGUUGUGCCUGCACCCUGCCUGAGUGUAGAAAAUAAGCUGUUAGUGAUGAACUUCACCGUCUAGUGGAUGCAGGCGUCAUUGUACCGGUCGAUGAACUUACUGACUGGGUCAGUCAAAUGUCUGUCGCUGAAAAGAAAUCUGGAAUUUGUAUCUGUAUUGACUCAAGACCUCUAAAUGAAGCACUUAAGCGAAAACACUACAAGCUCCCCACUUUUAAGGAUGUCCCUCCAGAACUUAGCAGGGCGAAAGUAUUCUCCGUUUGUGACCUCAAAUCUGGCUACCUUCACUGUGAGCUCGAUCAUUCAUCAAGUUUGUUAGCAACGUUUGCUACCCCUUUCGGCCGCUAUCGAUGACUUCGUCUUCCGUUUGUUUUGAAAGUCAGCAGUGAGAUCUUCCAAAAACGCUACAUUAGGCUCUUGAAGGUCUUGAGGGAGUCUGCUGCAUCCGUGAUGAUGUGAUCAUUUGGGGUCGAACAGAUGGAGAACAUGAUGUACGAGUCCGUACCUUUCUCAAGUGCUGUGUCGAUAAGGGUAUUACCUUGAGCAAAGAAAAGUGUCGAUUUGGCCUCAACGAAAUUCCGUUUAUGGGCCAUGUGCUAACCAGUGACGGCCUCAAGCCAGACCCCUCUAAAGUUGAAGCAGUCCAAAAGAUGGCUCCCCCACAAGACAAAGCAGCAGUGGUGGAAAGACUUAGAGGAACUGUGAAUUACCUGUCUGAUUUGAUACAUCCAAUCUAUAACCUAGCUCACCCUGCCUCUGAGUGGACGUGGGAUGCUGUACACGAGAAAGCUUUUGCAGAGAUGAAACGCUUGCUGACACAGGCACCUGUACUAACCUACUUUGAUCCAUGUAAAGGCGUAACCAUCCAGUGUGAUGCUAGUGGACACGGACUGAGAAGGAAAUGCUUGCCAUUGUAUUCGCCCUCGAGAAGUAAGACCAAUAUAGUUAUGCGCGCCCUGGCCUAUGACAUCGAAGUGAGAUACCUAAAUGGCAAAGAGAUGUAUCUAGCCGACACCCUUAGCAGUGCUCACCUGCCAAGACCCUCUGAUUGCGGACGAGAAGAGUUGGAAACCAUAAAAGCCCUUUCCUUCCUGGUCAUGCCAGAAGAGAAGAUUUAUGAGAUCCGCCGAUACACCAGUGAAGAUACCUCCUUACAACAGCUAAAACGCACAAUACAAGAGGGUUGGCCAGCAGACCAGUCAUCUCUACCACCCCUCGUCACUACUUACUUCAGCGUCAGGGACGAACUUGCAGUUACUGAUGGUUUGAUGUUCCGUGGAGAGGGACUUGUCCCUAAAGGAAUGCGAGCAGUAGCCAAAAAAGAUAUCCAUAGCAGACAUCAAGGAAGUGAAGCCUGCCUGCGCCACGCGAGGGAGCAUGUCUUUUAGCCAGGCACGAAUAAGGAAUAAAAAGCAUGGAUUCGCACCUGUGAGACGUUCAGAGAGAAUGAACAAACACCCUGUAAAGAGACACUUAUGCCGCAUGAAAUCCCUGAAGGAGCAUGGUAGAAAAUCGGAGCAGACCUCUUCACCCAUGAUGACAAACAAUAUCUUGUUACCGUCUGCUACAAAUCAAACUUCUGGGAAUUGUAUCAACUCAUCGACACCAAAUCAUCAGCUAUGAGCCAAAAGUUGAAGUCUCACCUGGCGCGUUAUAGUAUCCCCAAGCAAUCAGUAACCGAUAAUGGCCCCCAGUUUACAUCCAGUGAAUUCAAGUCUUUUACAAAGAAAUGGGCCAUUGAACACACCACAACAUCACCGCACCACAGCAAGGCAAAUGGCAAGGUUGAAUCAGCUGUGAAAACUGCCAAGAAAAUGUUGCGCAAGACGUCAGUCAGGAGAAGAUCCUGUACCCGGCUCUGCUCAACAUCCAAAACACGCCAACUCAAGGUGUUUCCAGUAGCCCAGCACAGCGUCUCCUAGGAAGAAGGACAAGAAGCCUGCUACCGUCCCCAAGAUCACUCCUAGAACACAGAAACCUCCCAAACCUUCAUGAGAUGGAACAACUCCAGUUAAACCAAAAGAGGCAGUAAAGGUAUUAGAAUCGGACAGCUCAUUAUCUUCCAGGCCUGAGCAUUGGUGACACUGUCAGAAUGAAGCCAUUUGUCCUCGGCAAACAUGAUUGGGACAAGGGAAAAGUGACAAGGCGGUUAGAUCAGAGGUCCUAUGAAUUCCAGUCCCACGGGACCACCUGUAGUCGCAAUGGACAGCACCUGGUCAAGAGCCCUCCUGCACAAACACAGCAUUAGGCGGCCAAACAAACAGUACCAGAACCACUACCUCAAGCUAAACAAACAGUACCCGACCCACCACCUCAGGCCCAACAGAGUCAAAGACGCCAGAUUGCCAGCCGCAAAGGCUAUGAACAGCGAUACAGGCCGUCUGGAAGCAAAGCAAUCAUCACCUGUCCGUACUCGCCCGGGACGUGUCAUCAAAGAGCCAGUUAGAUUCCAAGACUACGUUAAGACUAAGAAUCGUUAUUUUAUUUAUUACCAGGAACUUAGACUUGAGCGCACUGCUCGUUCAGUUUUUUUUUUUAGUCUCAAAUAAGCUUAGUUUCGCAGUGUCAUUGUUAUUUGUUAGUCCGUUUACCGUUGUCAUUUUGGCUAUCUUUUUCUCAGAAUCUAGCUUGACAAAAAGGGGAGGAUGUGACAAUAUUGGCCAGUAUUGAUAUAUUGUAAUCGGUCAAGUGUUGGCCUCGUUUUCAUGAAUUACAGAGUUGUUUUUGAACCGCCAUCUUGAAGUGCUCUCUUCUCUUGUCUCUUGUUGUUACAACUAUGUUCUUGUUAAUUGUGUCUACUUUUUCUUAAUUUCAGCUUCUAACGAUAUCCUUGUGAAGCUGACUGUCUCAGCCAGAGAUCUUAGUAGGGAGCAGCAAGAAAAAAUCGAUGAAAUUCUGCAACUUCACGUACAAUUGUACACAGAAAAUCAUAAACUCUCCUCACCUAAUGGCGUCCGUGCCUUUCUUCAGCACAUAACGCAGGCUUACAACCUGGCCGUAAAGUCUGUGGAAAUGGGGUCUUUGAUUAUAACAGUGAAGUGCCCCACCUUAGAGAGUCUUGAGAGGCUGUGGAGUGACUGUCAAUCCGGUUGCCUUGAUGACAUCGCUGAGAUGUUCCUGUUGACUACUGACAUAAAGAGUAAACUUGACCUGGAUAUUGUCAGGUUCAAGAUAACUAUGGAAGAAGAAAACUACUUGGCUUUUAAGAAGGCUCUUUCAGGUAAGUUGAGCAAUUUCAGUGAAGCCUUUUAAAAAACUUCUAACUGAGAAAUAGGUGUAUUUGUUCCAGCUCAGUUGUAGAGGGGGGAGUUUGCGAUCCCUUAAUAGUUGGACAUUCCAAUACGAAACAAUUUUUAAAGGAACCGUAGAAAUUAAACUCAAAUUGUAGUCUAACUCAAUAAGGGCAAAAAUGCUUAAUUUUAAAACCGUGAGGGCCUUUUUUUCUGUUUAUUUAGUGAACCAUACUAGCCGCGCAAAAUACCUUUCUCUUUUUUUAAUAUUGACAAUGGCGUUAUUGUGAUACCAAAAAUGGCCUUUUCGCUUUUCUUGUUAUCAUCAUCGUGAUGAUCAUAAUCAUCAUUUUUCUUUUAGUACACCUUACACGUUGUCUUUUUCAGUUAAUGGAAGAGCAGGUCACUGAGGCGGAACAGGAGGUCAUUAUUGCGAAUAAUAACCUACUGUUUUAAACCAAGACACUCUCGUAAAGGAAUGAUUUGUAAAGGAGUCCUGGAAAUUAUUCCAAGAAAUAAAAAUUAUUGGCAAAUUGGCAAAGCCGUGAACUCCGAAAAUAUAUCUGAAAUGUUAAUGUGGUUUGACCAAAUACAUGCGACGUCUUGAAAAAACUGCAAGUAAUAAACGGACUUAAAUCAAACACACUUGAUUUCUUCUUUCUUCACUUCCCUCCUUAUCUAUCUUAUUAUAGAUGCCUUAUACUGUUUAGCCACUAACGCACACAAGCGCCAUGUUUAUAUCUGUUGACAGCGGGCGCUUCCUUCUAAUCGAGCGUGAAAGUGUCGGCGAUUCCUGGCAGUACAUCAAUUUCAUCUUAAGCGCUGUGUGAAAUUAUAUUAGCAGAGUUCUUCUUUAGCAGAUCAUUAACUCUCUUCUCAGUAGCGGCGGGUCGCAGGCUACUGCUUCUGGUCUCUUCGUUACAGAGACCAGAUCGCUAGCCUCCACGGGUGUCGCUUGUUUCGUUCAUAACUGAGAGGGAAGAGAGUUGGAAACCUGAUUAGAAGUUUGUUGAAAUUUAGACAUAAUUGCAUCAGCGACGAUUUUCAGUUGACUCAUAUCUGGAAAAUGCGAUUUGAGAACUGGUUUUAACACCAUGAAUUCACUUGGACCGACUCGAGCGAAGGCGGCGAAUACGCUGUCCACACGGGUGGCUAGUGCUUUCCCUCGUGUUUUCGUAGUGCGCACGAUGACGAGGCAGAAUAUAGGGAGUUCUCAGUGCAAGUCAGAAAUUUAGAAAAUGGGGUCGUUGCCACCGCACUUCGCUCAGUUCUUUCAAGUGGCGUUUACUCGGAGUUGUUUGAGUUCACGUUAUUCGAGUGUUUCAUUCUACUUUGAUCCGGGUUUACGACAGGUUUGAAGUUAAUAAUGUAUCUGACAAAUGUUCCGAGUGUUAGACUCUUUCCUUAUGUGGUAGGAGGUGGAAGAGGAUGUACGGGAAUGGUUUGUUUAAUAAAUAGUAGCCUUUUCACUUGAUGCGAAAGCGUUGUCAAUUAAUAAAUGUAGAUGUAGACGAUCAAACUCCGAAAGAAAACACACUUCUUGGGUUUUAUGUGUUCAUAAUAUGUAAGAUUUUAAGGUAAACGUCAAGGACUGCUUUAAUUGAUGCAUCCACCUUUUUCUUUUUUUAGAGCCAAGAAGGAAAAUGAAAGGUAAUGUGUCCUCGAUUGCUGUAUUGAUUCUUAUGACCGCCAUCAUUCUACGUCGGUAGCUCGAAAUAUUAAUCUGUCUAUUAAGUAACCUGAGGCCGACAAUGCGCUCAUUUUACCCCCCUUUUUACGAGGUAUCUUAGCAGUAGCGAUUUAUUUGGAAACCGUGAACUCAAAGGAAACAGAAUGAAUGACAAAAUUAAACUAAUGAAAAACAAAUGACCACCUUUUAUUACUUUGCACUGGAAACUAUUUAUUAUAGGGAAAAAGAAAAAUAAAUAAAUAAUGAUUUAAAGAUAGCACAUCCACGUAUUUGUUCUUCGCUUUUCCAUUCCUGGUCGAAUUGGAAUUCGACAGAAAAUUUGAAUAUGUUGGUUUUUGAGGAGAGGGGAAAGCCGCAGUACCCACAGGAAAACCUCUCAGAGAGAACCUACAACGAACUCAGCCCACAUAUUUGCAAUUGCCGCAUAAAAAAAGCAGGAUACGAUAAACUUGUUCAAUUGGAUGUUUCAGGCAUUUAUUUGUGUUCGGAAAUAAUAGUGCACUUUUUUUUCGUAAAAUCUGUGCCCAUAUUAAUUUAGCUAUUUACUAGAUUUACCGAGCUUCCCAUGUACUGCUUUAAGCAGUUAUGUCGAAUGUUUCCAAGUUGAUCAUAUAUUAUAAUCAAAUAUGUGUACCGUAUUUUUUUGGUUAUUUUGGAAGAGUCUUAGAUAACUUACAUCUACCAUAAAGACAGAAUUAUGUUUAUCACCUUAUUUAGUUACAUCACUUUGUUAAUCAAUGCAUCCAUCUAUUACUUUCUUUAGAGACCGAAAGGAAAUUUGAAGGUAAGAUUUUAAUAGCGGAGCUCCCGCGUUCGAAGCGCGCAUAGCGGGGCAUCAUGGGUAAAAAAAUUUGGUAAACAAUUUGGUUAUGACGUAGCGUACGAACGCCGACCGUUCGUACACUCACUACAUGUAAGCCGAUGUCAAGUGUCGCAUUAGAUCUUGCUCAAAUAUUGACACUAGCCUGUCAGUUAUGUAAGCCAUCCGUAUGAGGAUGAAUUGACAGCUGUCAAAAUCAGACAUCCGCUGACAAUUGUCAUAUGACCAUCUCGCGAGCUCAGAUGAAAAACUAGUCGUGUUGCCCCUACAUAUAAGCUGAUAUAAUAUGAUAUAAAUUCGGAUUCUUACAUGUUAUGUUUAUUUAACUUAUUUGUUUCAUUUCGCUACUUAUGGGCCACAAUGUAAACACUUGAGUCACUUCUCACCACUAAAAAAUAAUUUAUUGGUUUUUUUAGUUUCAAUCAACCCUCUGAUCAAGCCAUCUACAAUCUCUCGGCGGGCUUUGCUCAAAGCCUUUUAGCUACUUUCUCGUAUCAAGAGGUUUUACCAUUAACCCCCUUCCAGCUUAUUAAUUUACGCAACUAUGUUUAACUUUCAGCCAGGAAUCUGAAAAAUAUCUUUUUUUUCCUGUCAGCAAAAAAGUAUUGUUCUGUAGUUUUCGAUAAUUCCAGAGGACGUUGCACUAAAGGUGGAUAUCCACUGUAACUCCGUAAUUUUUACUUGCCUUUGCACGGGAAAAUUUACGCGACAGUGGAAAUCAACCCGAAAGGCAUCGACAAUAAGAGACGUGAAAGUAAAUAAAAUAUCUGUUUUAUGAAAGCAUGAAAGCAGCGUUGUUAAUUUUUUUAAGGCUCAGGAGAAUUUGAGCUCGGGGGCCCCGGGCGCAAAUCACACGUCUCUUUUUUUCCCCUAAAAAUAUUUAACGCCCUAGAUGGAAAUCAGUUUAGUUAAACAGGUUUAGUAUUUAACCUCUCCAAUGCCAGUUUGACCGCAGGCUAGAAAAGAUUUCUUGUUUGUUUGUGUUUGUUUUAAUUCAAUUUUUACAUCCAAUUAUUUUUGCGAGGUUUUUUGUCACUUAAAAAGUUAUGGUGCAAAAUGAGUCCAUCGUUCAUAAUCUGAAACUGGAAGGACUGGUCACAUAUUUAAACUAAUGAAAAAGAAAUGAUCCUGUUUUAUCACUCUGAAUUGGUUGAACUGUUUGCUGUUUAAGUAAAAACUGGAUACAUACGAAAACCUUGAUCAGCUGGAGAUUUGAGACAUUUAUUUGUAUUUGGAGUGUAAUACUGCUAUUAUUAGGUAAAAUUUAGGCUCAUGUUAAGUCAUUUACUAGAAGAUUAUCAGGCGUACUUCAUUCAUACAUUACUGCUAAAGCGGUAAUGACAAAUGCAUCGAGGGUGAUGAUAUAAAAUGAAAUAUGGUUAAUGUUAAAUGUAGUGUAUUCAUUGGUUAUUUUGAAAGAGUUAAAGUUAUAACCUAGAUCUACCAUAUAGUGACAGAGUUACGUUUAUGACUGUGUAUUCACAACAUUUUCUUAUUGAGUGUAUCCACCUGUUUCUUUCUUUAAAGCAAGAAAAAGAAUUGGAAGGUAAUAUAUUUUAUAACGGCCGAGUGGCUGAUUGGUAAAUAAAGCCGAAGGCUGGAUUUAAUGUAUUGGUCACUCCGGCUUUAACUAUCCUGCUCUGGCUUCUUGCUGGUGCUGCUCUGAGCAGAUGUCCCGUGUUUAGUUCUUCAAUCCUUCUAGUGUAAAUGUUCAGCUAGUUUAACUCCGUUCAUAGAAGAUACUUUAAUGUUAUGGUUAUUUAACAUAUUUGCUUCUGUCGCUAAUUGAUGUGGCCGGUCAACAAUGUGAUCCCUUGUGUCACCAGUUAUUUUUUGUCAAAAAAGGUAGAUGUAAAUGGUGCCUAUUUUAUGUCAAUACACCUCAAAAUAAAAAACCCGCGGCCUAUGGUGCGCUCUUUUUAUCCCUUCUCACACCUUCGUGUUUGUGGGUUACAAUUUUAAGAUUAUGGUUUAGAAGACUUUAGUCGAUACUUAGCAUGUCAAAGAAAAUAUAUGAGAAUUUUGUCCGGACAUUGGAAACUGUAAGUAAUAGAGAACUGUCCCUAUUAGAGUGUGUCGGUACCGAGAGGUUUGACUGUAUAAAAAACGCUGGAUUUCAUGUCACUAAUUGAUGUGGCCGGUCAACAAUUUGAUCCCUUGUGUCACCAGUUAUUUUGUUAAAACAGGGAGAGGUAUUUAGUCUUUAUUUUAUGUCAAUACAGCUUAAAAUAACAAACCUCAGGCCGAGGGUGCGCUCAUUUUGCCCCUGCUCAGAGCUGCUUGUGUUGUUGUCAGAAGUGUUACUUUUUCUGUUUGUGGGUUUCAAUUUUAAGAUGUCUCUAAAGACUUCAGUCGAUAGUUAUCAUGUCGGCCCUCCAAAAGGAAUAUACAUAACCGCUCCUGACACUUACUUUUACGUAAUCUUUAAAACAGAAUUUUCGGCAUACAUUGUCCAGAACACUGUUUUAAUUCAUGUAUUUGUCUUUUUUUUAUUCAGAGUCAAGAAGAAGACGGGAAGGUGAUAUAUGAGGCUCUCCUUCUUGUAGAUAGCUGCAUCUACCUAGAGUUAAUAGCCUGCGUACUAGGCGCUGGUUUUUUAACUAGGGCGAAAAGUGAAACUUUUCAUACCCGCGUGCCCUCAGCGGAUGUCUCGAGUUAAGCUCUUCCAUACUUCUGAAUGUUCAGCUACUUUGACUCCGAUCAUAUAGGAUACUUUACUGUUAUGCUUAUUUAACCUAUUUGCUUCUGUCGCUAAUUGAUGUGGCCGGUCAACAAUGUGAUCCCUUGUGCCACCAGUUAUUAUGUCAAAAAAGGUACAGAUAAAUAUUCCCUAUUUCUUGCCAAUAAAUGCAUCUCAAAAUAACAAACCAGGGGGCGACUGUACGCUGAUUUUACCCCUCCCCACACCUGCUGGUGUUGUUCUCAGAAGUGGUACUAUCGCUGUUUGUAACCUACAUCUACCAUAUACUGAGAGAUAUUUUUGUCACGUUGUUUAUUCACAACAUUUUCUUAUUGAGUGCAUCCAUCUGUUUCUUUUUUCAGAGCUACGAAAAGUAAUUCAAGGUAAUAUAUUUUAUAUCGGCCGAGUGGCUGAUUGGUAAAUAAAGCCGAACCCUGGAUUUAAUGUAUUGGUCACUCCGGCGUUAAAUAUUCUGUUUUGGCUGCUUGCUGGUGUUGCUCGCAGCAGUUGUCCCGUGUUUAGUUCUUCAAUACUUCUUCUAAAUUUUCAGCUAGUUUAACUCCGAUCAUAUAGGAGACUUUAAUGUUGUGCUUAUUUAACCUAUUUGCUUCUGUCGCUAAUUGAUGUGGCCGGUCAACAAUGUGAUCCCUUGUGUCACCAGUUAUUUUGUUAAAACAGGGAGAGAUAUUUAGUCUUAUUUUAUGUCAAUACAGCUUGAAAUAACAAACGUCAGGCUGAGGGUGCGCUCAUUUUGCCCCUCCUCAGAGCUGCUUGUGUUGUUGUCAGAAGUGUUACUGUUGCUGUUUGCGGGUUUCAAUUUUAAGAUGUCUUUAAAGACUUAAGUCGAUAGUUAUCAUGUCCCCCCUCCAAAAAGAAUAUACAUAACCGCUCCUGACACUAACUUUUACGUAAUCUUUAAAACAGAAUUUUGUGCAUACAUUGUCCAGAACACUGUUUUAAUUCAUGUAUUCGUCUUUUUUUUUUAUUCAGAGUCAAGGAGAAGACAAAAAGGUGAUAUAUGAGGGUCUCCUUCUUGUAGAUAGCCGCAUCUACCUAGAGUUACUAGCCUGCAUACCAGGUGCUGGUUUUUUAACUAGGGCAAAAAGUGAAACUUCAAGGACGCGCGCUCUAAACACUAACCGGCGCCUUUGACGCAGGCUUGAUAGAUUGAUGUCAUGUAAUUAUUUGCAUGUCACUAUUUGUUGGCCACACUGUAAACGGAUAAGUCACUAGUCGUUACCACUACAAAAAGAAUUUUUUUUUUGCUUUUAAUCAACCUUGCUUCUGAUCAAUUAUAUUUUUUGGUAAAAUUUGAGCUCAUAAGUGAUAUAUUUUGUGACGGCCAAGCCGGUGGCUGAUUGGUAAAUAAAGCCGAACGUUGGAUUUAAUGUAUUGGUCACUCUGGCAUUAAAUAUUCUGGUUUGGCUGCUUGCUGGUGCUGCUCUUAGAAGAUGUCCCGUGUUUAGUUCUUCAAUACUUCUUAUAAAUGUUCAGCUAGUUUCACUCCGAUCAUAUAGGAUACUUUAAUGUUAUGCUUAUUUAACAUAUUUGUUUCUGUCGCUAAUUGACGUGGCCGGUCAACAAUUUGAUCCCUUGUGUCACCAGUUAUUAUGUCAAAAAAGGUAGUGGUAAAUAUUCCCUAUUUUAUGUCUAUUGUCAACAAUGUGAUCCCUUGUGUCACCAGUUAUUAUGUCAAAAGAGGUAGAAGUAAAUGGUUCCUAUGUCAAUACAGCUCAAAAUAAAAAUUCCGCGGCCAAUGGUGCGCAAAUUUUAUCCCUCGUCACACCUUCCUGUGUUGUUCUCAGAAGUGUUACUGUCGCUGUUUGUGGGGUACGAUUUUAAGAUGCUUUAGAAGACUUCAGUCGAUAGUUAGCAUGUCAAAGAAAAUAUAUGAAAAUUUUGUCGGGACAUUGGAAACUGUCCGUAAUAGACAACAACUGUCCGUAUUAGAGUGGUGUCGGUACCGAGAUUUUCGACUGUACUGAUAAAAAACGCUGGAUCUCAUGUAUCGUUCGCUCCGGUUUAAAUCCUGCUCUAGGUGCUUGGCGGUGCUGCCCUAAGAGGAUGUCUCGAGUUAAGCUCUUUUAUACUUCUGAAUGUUCAGCUACUUUGACUCCGAUCAUAUAGGGCACUUUAGUGUUAUUCUUAUUUAAGAUAUUUGCUUCUGUCGCUAAUUGAAGUGGCCGGUCAACAAGGUGAUCCCUUGUGUCACCAGUUUUUUUGUUAAAACAGGGAGAGGUAUUUAGUCUUUAUUUUAUGUCAAUACAGCUUGAAAUAACAAACCUGAGGCAGAGGGUGCGCUCAUUUUGCCCUUCCUCAUAGCCUCUUUUGUUGUUGUCAGAAGUAUUACUGUUGCUGUUUGUGGGUUUUAAUUUUAAGAUGUCUUUAAAGACUUCAGUCGAUAGUUAUCAUGUCGCCCCUUUAAAGGAAUAUACAUAACCGCUCCUUAUACUAACCUACAUGUACCAUAUACUAAAAGAUAUGUUUACCACUUUGUUUAUUCACAACAUUUUCUUAUUGAUUGCAUCCAUCUGUUUCUUUCUUUAGAGCGAGAAAAAGAAGUUGAAGGUAAUGUAUUUUAUAACGGCCGAGUGGCUGAUUGAUAAAUAAAGCCGAACGCUGGAUUUAAUGUAUUGGUCACUCCAGCUUUAAAUAUUCUGCUUUGGCUGCUUUCUGGUGCUGCUCUGAGCAGGUGUAGCGUGUUUAGUUCUUCAAUACUUAUUGUAAAUGUUCAGCUAGUUUGACUCCGAUCAUAUAGGAUACUUUAAUGUUAUGCUUAUUUAACAUAUUUGCUUCUGUCGCUAAUUGAUGUGGCCGGUCAAUGUGAUGCCUUGUGUCACCAGUUAUUAUGUCAAAAAAGUUAGUGGUAAAUAGUCCCUAUUUUAUGUCAAUACAUGCAGCUCAAAAUAACAUACCCGAGGUCGACGGUGCGCUCAUUUUACCCCUCCCCACACCUGCUGUUGUUGUUCCGAGAAGUAGUACUGUCGCUGUUUGUAACUUACAUCUACCAUAUACUGACAGAUAUGUUUAUCACAUUAUUUAUUCACAACUUUUUCUUAUUGAGUGCAUCCAUCUGUUUCUUUCUUCAGAGGUGCUAAAAGAAUUGCAAGGUGAUAUAUUUUAUAACGGCCGAUUGGCUGAUUGGUAAAUAAAGCCGAACCCUGGAUUUAAUGUAUUGAUGACUCCGGCGUUAAAUAUUCUGCCCUGGUUGCUUGCUGGUACUGCUCUCAGCAGUUGUCCCGUGUUUAGUUCUUCAGUACUUCUUGUAAAUGUUCAGCUAGUUUGACUCCGAUCAUAUAGGAUACUUUAGUGUUCUGCUUAAUAUUUAACAUAUUUGCUUCUGUCGCUAAUUUAUGUGGCCGGUCAACAAUGUGAUCCCUUGUGUCACCAGUUAUUUUGUUAAAACAGGGAGAGAUAUUAAGUCUUUAUUUUAUGUCAAUACAGCUUGAAAUAACAAACCUGAGGCCGAGGGUGCGCUCAUUUUGCCCCUCUUCAGAGCUGCUUGUGUUGUUGUCAGAAGUGUUACUGUUGCAGUUUGUGGGUUUCAAUUUUAAGAUGUCUUUAAAGACUUAAGUCGAUAGUUAUCAUGUCCCCCCUACAAAAAGAAUAUACAUAACCGCUCCUGUUACUAACUUUUACGUAAUCUUUAAAACAGAAUUUUGCGGAUACAUUGUCUAGAACACUGUUUUAAUUGAUGUUUUCAUCUUUUUUUUUUAUUCAGAGUCAAGAAGAAGACGGGAAGGUGAUAUAUAUGAGGCUCUCCUUCUUGUAGAUAGCUGUAUCUACCUAGAGUUAGUAGCCUGCGUACUAAGCGCUGGUUUUUUAACUAGGGCGAAAAGUGAAACUUCAAGGACUCGCGCUCUAAAAACUAACCGGCGCCUUUAACGCAGGCUUGAUAGAUUCAUGUCAUGUAAUUAUUUGCUUCAUGUCGCUAUUUGUUGGCCACACUGUAAACAAAUGAGUCACUAGUUGUUACCAGUACAAAAAUGUAUUUUUUUUUUACUUUCAAUCAACCUUGCUUCUGAUCAAUUAUAUUUUUUGGUAAAAUUUGAGCUCAUAAGGUGAUAUAUUUUAUGACGGCCGAGCCGGUGGUUGAUUGGUAAAUAAAGCCGAACGCUGGAUUUAAUGUAUUGGUCACUCCGGCAUUAAAUAUUCUGGUUUGGCUGCUUGCUGGUGCUGCUCUGAGAAGAUGUCCCGUGUUUAGUUCUUCACUGACUUAUUGUAAAUGUCCAGCUAGUUUGACUCCGAUCAUAUAGGAUACUUUAACGUUUUGCUUAUUUAACACAUUUGCUUCUGUCGCUAAUUGAUGUGGCCGGUCAAUGUGAUGCCUUGUGUCACCAGUUAUUAUGUCAAAAAAGGUAGAGGUAAAUAGUCCCUAUUUUAUGUGAAUUGUCAACAAUGUGAUCCCUUGUGUCACCAGUUAUUAUUUUAAAAAAAGAUAAAAGUAAAUGGUUCCUAUUUUAUGUCAAUACAGCUCAAAAUAAAAAUUCCGCGGCCGAUGGUGCGCUCAUUGUAUCCCUCGUCACACCUUCCUGUGUUGUUCUCAGAAGUGUUACUGUCGGUGGUUGUGGGUUACAAUCAGGAGCACCCAACGAGAAUAUAGUUCAAAACCACUUAAACAUAGCAUAUUUAAACGUAUUUUAGUAUUUAAACGGUAGAUAUAGGCAUAUUUUUAUCCCCUAAAAAUUUUUCAUCUGUUCGGAUUUCCUAGCUGAAAGUCUAGUGAUCCGAAAAUUAUAGGGAUCAAAACUUACCUUUUCGAAAAUUUCAGCCAGAAAAAGGCUUCCGAAAAUUCUAGGUGACCUUUUUAGAGUUAAAAUCCUUUAAAAAUAGGCAAUUAUACCAUUUUUUAGAUGUUCGAAAAUCCUAGGAGAGGCAGGCAAGCAAGAAAUUUUACAAGAAAUGUUUCGAAAAUUCUAUCUCUCAAAUCGUCUUCCGAACAGAUAUUCUUCCGAAAAUUGUCGUUGGGUGCCCCUGUACAAUUUUAAGAUGUCUUAGAAGACUUCAGUCGAGAUGUUCGACUGUAUAAAAAACGCUCGAUUUCAUGUAUCGUUCGCUCCGGCGUUGCUUGCCAAUGGGUGCUUGCCAAUCUACCCUCAGUGGAUGUCUCGAGUUAAGCUCUUCCAUACUUCUGAAUGUUCAGCUAGUUUGACUACGAUCAUAUGGGGUACUGAAAUGUUAUGCUUAUUUAAGAUAUUUGGUUCUGUCGCUAAUUGAUGAGGCUGGUCAACAAUGCGAUCCCUUGUAUCACCAGUUAUUAUAUCUAAAAAGGUAGAGGUAAAUAGUCCCUGUUUUAUGUCAAUACAGCUCGAAAUAACAAACCCGAGGCCGACGGUGCGCUCCUUUUGCCCCUCCUCAGACUUGCUUGUGUUGUUCUCAGAAGUGUUACUGUUGCUGUGCGUGGGUUACAAUUUUAAGAUGUGUUAAAAGACUUUAGUCGAUAGUUAUCAUGUCGCCCCUGCAGAAAGAAUAUACAUAACUGCUCCUGAUACUAACUUUUAAGUAAUCUUCAAAACAGAAUUUUGCGCAUACAUUGUUCAGAACACUGUUUUAAUUCAUGUAUCCUUUUUUUUUUAUUCAGGGAUAACGACGAGGAGGAGGAGACUGGAAGGUGAUAUAUGAGCUUCUUCUUACUUCUUGUAGACAGCCGCUGCAUCUAGCUAGAGUUAGUAGCCUGUGUACUAGGCGCGAAUUUUUUUAACUAGGGCGAAAAGUGAAACUUCACGGACGCGCGCUCUAAAAACUAACCGGCGCCUUUAACGCAGGCUUGGUAGAUUGAUGUCAUGUUAUGUAUAUUUAACUUAUUUGCUUCAUGUCGCUAUUUGUUGGCCACACUGUAAACAAGAGUCACUAGUUGUUACCACUACGAAAAGAAUUUCUUUUUUUUUUUUGGCUUAAAUCAAUCAACCCUGCUUCUGAUCAAUUAUAUUUUUAGGUAAAAUUUGAGCUCAUAAGGAUAUAUAUCUUACAACGGCCGAGUGGCUGAUUGGUAAAUAAAGCCAAACGCUGGAUUUAAUGUAUUGGUCACUCCGGCUUUAAAUAUUCUGCUUUGGCUGCUUGCUGGUGCUGCUCUGAGCAUAUUUCCCGUGUUUAGUUCUUCAAUACGAUUUUUGUACUGUUUUCAGACAACUCUAAGGCUAUUUUCUUACAAUUUUAUCCUGUUUUUGCAUUUUUGCAUCCUAUUUGUGAUGUAUUUUCACAAUAUAUGCGUGCUAUUGCUUUUCUUUUUCUGUGGUAUUUUAAUACUAUUUUCAAAGUAUCUUUAUUGUAUUUGCAAGUACGAGUAUUUUACUAAAUUUCUAGACCGAUUAAACAGCUAUUAAAAUAUAUUUUGAAGCAUAACAUUUUAAUAGCGUUUUAAACAGGUUAAAACACCUUUAAAAUCAGUCGAAAAAUAUAUUAAAAAUAUAUUUUUGUACCUAUUUUAAACCUGUUUUUGUCAAAAUACGUUUAAAAUUGCCAUUAAAAAUAGUUUUAAAAUAGUAGAGCAAAUUAAAAUAUGUUUUUAAAACUGUUUUUAUCCUGUUUUUAUUCCGAUUUAUAAGGUAUUUAAAAACUGUUUUAGACCUGUUUUGAGCCUUUCAAAAGCCUAGGGAUUUUUUUUAUAUUUUAAACGAAUUUUAAAAUACUUUAAAAAUUGUUUUUAAUAGCAUUUAAAACAGGUUAAAACACCUUUAAAAGCAGUCGAGAAAUACAUUAAAAAUACACUUUUAAGUCUAUUUAAAACCUAUUUCACAAAACAGGUUAAAAACAGUUUUCAAAAAUAGCUUAAAAAUACAUUCAAAACAGUGUUGGAUUUGGUAAGGGUUUAUCACAUUGCUUAUUCGUAACAUUUUCUUAUUGAGUACAUCCAUCUGUUUCUUUUUUCACACGCAGUAAAAAGAGUUGAAGGUAAUAUGUUUCAUAACGGCGGAGUGACUGAUUGGUAAAUAAAGCCGAACCCUGGAUUUAAUGUAUUGGUCACUCAAGCGUUAAAUAUUCUGCUCUGGCUGCUUGCUGGUGCUGCUCUCAGCAGUUGUCCCCGCGUGUUUAGUUCUUCAAUACUUCUUGUAAAUGUUCAGCUAGUUCGACUCCGAUCAUAUAGGAUACUUUAAUGUUGUGCUUAUUUAACCUAUUUGCUUCUGUCGCUAAUUAAUCUGGCCGGUCAAGGAUGUGGUCCCUUGUGUCACCAGUUAUUAUGUCAAAAAAGGUAGAGAUAAAUAGUCCCUAUUUCAUGCCAAUAGAUGCAGCUCAAAAUAACAUACCCAAGGGCGACGGUGCGCUGAUUUUACCCCUCCCCACACCUGCUAGUGUUGUUCUCAGAAGUGGUACUGUCGCUGUUUGUAACCUACAUCUACUAUAUACUGACAGAUAUGUUUAUCACAUUGUUUAUUCGCAACAUUUUGUUAUUGAGUGCAUCCAUCUGUUUCUUUCUUCAAACGAACCAAAUAUAUUGGAAGGUAAUAUAUUUUAUAACGGCCGAGUGGCUGAAUGGGAAAUAAAGCCGAACGCUGCAUUUAACGUAUUGGUCGCUCCCGCUUUAGAUAUUCUGCUUUUGCUGCUUCCUGGUGCUGCUCUGAGCAGAUCUCCCGUAUUUAGUUUUUUAAUACUUCUUGUAAAUGUUCAGCUAGUUUGUCUCCGAUCAUAUAAUUAAGAUACUUUAAUGUUAUGUUUAAUUAUUUAACAUAUUUGCUUCUUUCGCUAAUUGAUGUGGCCGUUCAAAUAUUUGAUCCCUUGUGUCACCAGUUAUUAUGUAAAAAAAGGUAGAGGUAAAUAGUCCCUGUUUCAUUUCAAUACAUGGAGCUAAAAAAAACAUACCCUAGGGCGACGGUGCCCUCAUUUUCCCCCUCCCCACACCUGCUGAUGUUGUUCUCAGAAGUGGUACUGUCGCUGUUUGUAACCUACAUCUACCAUAUACUGACAGAUAUGUUUAUCACAUUGUUUAUUCACGACAUUUUCUUAUUGAGUGCAUCUGUUUCUUUCUUCAGAGCCACCAAAAGAAUUGGAAGGUAAUAUAUUUUAUAACGGCCGAGUGGUUGAUUGGUAAAAGCCGAACGCUGGAUUUAAUGUAUUGGUCACUCCGGCUUUAAAUAUUCUGCUCUUUCUGCUUGCUGGUGCUGCUCUGAGCAGAUGUCCCGUGUUUAGUUCUUCAAUACUUCUUGUAAAUUUUCAGCUUGUUUGACCCCGAUGAUAUAGGAUACUUUUUUGUUAUGCUUAUUUAACAUAUUUUUUUCUGUCGCUAAUUGAUGUGGCCGGUCAACAAUGUGAUCCCUUGUGUCACCAGUUAUUAUGUCCAAAAAGGUAGAGGUAAAUAGUCCCUAUUUUAUGUCAAUACAUGCAGCUGAAAAUAACAUAGCCGAGGGCGAUCGACGGUGCGCUCAUUUUAUCCCUUCUCACACCUUCCUGUGUUGUUCUCAGAAGUGUUACUCUCACUGUUUGGGGCAUGGAUUACAAUUUCAAGAUGUUUUAAAAGACUUCAGUCUAUAGUUAGCAUGUGAAAGAAAAUAUUUGAGAAUUUUGUCGGGACAUUGGAAAUUGUCCGGAAUAGAGAACUGUCCGUAUUAGAGAUGUGUCCGUACCGAUAGUUUCGACUGUCUAAAAAACGCUGGAUUUCAUGUAUCGUUCGCUCCGGCUUUAAAUCCUGCUCUGGGUACUUCCCAAUGCUACCCGCAGCGGAUGUCUCGAGUUAAGCUCCUCCAUACUUCUGAAUGUUUAGCUGGUUUGACUACGAUCAUAAGGGAUACUUUAAUGUUAUUAUGCUUAUUUAACAUAUUUGCUUCUGUCGCUAAUUGAUGUAGCCGGUCAACAAUGUGAUCCCUUGUGUCACCAGUUAUUAUGUCAAAACAGGGAGAGGUAUUUAGUCCCUAUUUUAUGUCAAUACAGCUCGAAAUAACAAACCCGAGGCCGAGGGUGCGCUCAUUUUGCCCCUCCUCAAACCUGCUGGUGUUGUUCUCAGAAGUGUUACUAUUACUGUUUGUGGGUUACAAUUUUAAGAUGUCUUAAAAGACUUCAGUCGAUAGUUAUCAUGUGGCCCCUGCAGAUACAAUAUACAUAACUGCUCCUGAUACUUUUACGUUAUCUUUAAAACAGAAUUUUGCGCAUACAUUGUUCAGAGCACUGUUUUAAUUCAUGUAUCCAUUUUUUUUUAUUCAGGGAUAAUGAGAAGGAGACUGGAAGGUGAUAUAUGAGCUUCUCCCUACUUCUUGUAGAUAGCCGCAUCUAGCUAGAGUUAGUAGCCUGCGUACUAGGCGCUAGUUUUUAAACUAAGCCGAAAAGUGAAACUUCAAGGAGGCGCGCUCUAAAAACUAUCCGGCGCCUUUUACGCAGGCUUGCUAGAUUGAUGUCAUGUUAACUUAUUUAACUUAUUUGCUUCAUGUCACUAUUUGUUGGCCACACUACAUGUAAACAAACGAGUCACUAGUUGUUACCACUACAAAAAAAAUUUCUUUUUUUUUUUACUCUCAAUCAAUCUUGCUUGUGAUCAAUUAUAUUUUUUGGUAAAAUUUGAGCUCAUAAGCUCAUAUAUUUUAUAACGGCCGAGUGGCUGAUUGGUAAAGUUGAGCUAGUUUGACUGCGAUCAUAUAGGAUAGUUUAAUGUGACGCGCACUUAACAUAUUUGCUCCUGUCGCUAAUUGUUGUGGCCGGUCAACAAUGUGAUCCCUUGCGUCACCAGUUAUUAUGUCAAAAAAAAGGAGAGGUAAAUGGUUCCUAUUUUAGGUCAAUACAGCUCAAAAUAACAGACCCGCCGCCGAUGCUGCGCUCAUUUUAUCCCUCCUCACACCUUCCUGUGUUGUUGUCAGAAGUGUUAAUACUGUCGCUUUUUGUGGGUUACAAUUUCAAGAUGUUUAAGAAGACUUCAUUCGAUAGAUAGCAUGUCAAAGGAAAUAUAUAAGAAUUUUGUCUGGACAUUGGAAACUAUCCGUAAUAGUGAACUGUCCGUAUUACAGAGGUGUUCGUACUGAGAUAUUCGACUGUAUAAAAAACGCUGGAUUUCAUGUAUUGUUCGCUCCGCCUUUAAAUCCUGCUCUGGGUGCUUGCCGGUGCUUCCCUCAGCGGAUGUCUUACUUUAAGCUCUUCCAUACUUCUGAAUGUUCAGCUAGUUUGACUAUACGAUCAUAUGGGAUACUUAAAUGUUAUGCUUAUUUAAGAUAUUUGCUUCUGUCGCUAAUUGAUGUGGCCGGUCAACAAUUUGAUACCUUGUGUCACUAGUUAUUAUGUCAAAAAAGGUAGCGGCAAAUAGUCCCUCUUUUGUUUUAAUACAUGCAGCUCAAAAUAACAUACCCGAGGGCGACGGUGCGCUCAUUUUACCCCUCCCCACACCUGUUGGUGUUGUUCUCAGAAGUGGUAAUGUCGCUGUUUGUAACCUACAUCUACCAUAUACUGACAGAUAUGUUUAUUACAUUGUUUAUUCACAACAUUUUCUCAUUGAGUGCAUCCAUCUGUUUUUUUCUGCAGAGGAAGAAAAAGAAUGGCAAGGUAAUAUAUUUUAUAACGGCCGAGGGGCUGACUGGUAAAUAAAGCGGAACGCUGAAUUUAAUGUAUUGGUCAUUCCUGCUUUAAAUAUUCUGUUUUGGCUGCUCUCUUGUGCUGCUCUGAGCAGAUGUUCCGUGUUUAGUUCUUCAAUACGUCUUGUAAAUUUUCAGCUAGUUUGACUCCGAUCAUAUAGGACACUUUAAUGUGAUGCUUAUUUCACAUAUUUGCUUCUUUCGCUAACUGAUGUGUCCGGACAACAAUGUGAUCCCUUGUGUCACCAGUUAUUAUGUCAAAAGAGAGAGAGGUAUUUUGUCCCUAUUUUACGUCAAUACAGCUCGAAAUAACAAACCCGAGACCGACGGUGCGCUCCUUUUGCCCCUCCUCAGACUUGCUUGUUUUGUUCUCAGAAGUGUUACUGUUGCUGUCUGUGGGUUACAAUUUUAAGAUGUGUUAAAAGACUUCAGUCGAUAGUUAUCAUGUCACUCCUGCAAAGAGAAUAUACAUAACCGAUCCCGAUACUAACUUUAACCUACCUCUACCAUAUACUGACACAUAUGUUUAUCACAUUGUUUAUUCACAACAUUUUCUUAUUGAGUGCAUCCAUCUGUUUUUUUCUGCAGAGGAAGAAAAAGAAUGGCAGGGUAAUAUAUUUUAUAACGGCCGAGGGGCUGACUGGUAAAUAACGCGGAACGCUGAAUUUAAUGUAUUGGUCACUCCGGCUUUAUAUAUUUUGCUUUUGCUGCUACUCUGAGCAGAUGUCCCGUGUUUAGUUCUUCAAUACUUCUUGUAAAUGUUUAGCUAGUUCGACUCCGAUCAUAUAGGAUACUUAAAUGUUAUGCUUAAUUAUUUAUCACAUUUGCUUCUGUCGCUAAUUAAUGUGACCGGUCAACAAUGUGAUCCCUUGUGUCGCCAGUUAUUAUUGCAAAAAAGGUAGCGGUAAAUAGUCC